GUAUGUCGGGUGUCUGUCCAUCGCCUGACGUUCAAGUUCGCCGGGAACGUCACGUCCGUGCACUUGAACUUGCACAGCUCAGAGGGGGGGUUGAGGGGAGGGGUGGCGGGCGGGGGGGGGGUGGAGGGGGGGGGGCUUUUGCCAUUUUUUCCAUCUCUCUCCCCUUCUCUCUCUCUCCAUCUACCUCUCUCACACACUCUCUCUCUCUUUUUUCUCCACUCUCCUUUCUCAAAAAAGCCAUGACGGCGAUCCCGCGAUCCAUCUUCGCCUCCACGCCAUCUUUGUAUUAUUUCUAAUUUAUUUUAUUUUUUUGCCUCUUGUGGAUGUCAAAGGCGUUGGAUGAAGAUAUAUUUUUGCCCCACCGGAGUCUCCUCUGUAACCCCGGCUCUCCCCGAUGUGAUCCGCGCUGAACGCUGCCGCCGCCAGCCACCAUGUCUCGCCGCAAGCAAGGCAAACCCCAGCACUUAAGCAAGCGGGAUUUUUCGCGUAAGUAGAGAUGACAAAAAGCAAGAAAAGCGUGUUACUUCUGGCUUCUUUUCAUUUCAUGCAACACAGGGGAAGGGGAGGGGUGGGAGGGGGGGAGCAGGGAAACUGGAGCUUGUGGACACCGGACGCACCGCUCGGACCCGCGGUCAAGUGGACUUACCUAGAAAGUGCGACAGCUCCGUGCGUAAAAAGACACCCCGAGAUGUGAAAAUUGCAAAAGAGGUAAAAGUUUUGUCUGUCGGUUAACACUCUUUCCUGCUCAGUGGGAAUGUGCAGUCUGGAGCUGGUAGAUGCACGCGCUGUGGCUCCGGUGCCCCCUCGGUCUCCUUCGGUCAGUGGAAGCGCGCAGGGCUCCCGGUAUCAGAGCGCGUCCUCUUCGCGGAGCUCCGUGGAGAAAUUCAACCUCCGGAAUAUCGCUGUUUGUGAUAGCUUCUCUGCAGACAGGUUGUCAUCUGCUCUCUCUCUCCCUCUCUCUCUCUCUUCCCUCUAUUUUUGGAUUAUUUUCAGGAGUGAAAACUUGGAUUUUUGGAGCAAGGGGAGAAAAUCUCGUGUCCGAUUGUUUACAACUGCUCUUACCGUCAGCAGUUUGCUAUCAGAAACAACAAAAUUCCAUCAAUUUUUAUACUGAGAAAAACACAAAUGUGUCCAAUAAAGGCUGCUUAUUGGUGUUUAGUUCACGAGAAGCUUCCUCCAAUAAACAGACAGCCGAGCCGCUGCAGCACUGAGUUCCAGAGGCAAGAAACACAGCAACAGGACAGGAGCUCAGAGUCAUGUCAAUUAUGUGAUUUUUACUUUUAGAGAGUGAUUUGAACCCACUAAAAUAGUCACAUGACUCUUAGGUUCAUGCACAGUAAAGGUAAGAUGUAAAAAUCAGCUGGUUUGUGUGAAGUACAUGCAGCAUUGUGAGGAAAAAGCACAAAAUUCCAACAAUGUUUGGAGGAAUCUGUCUUUACGCACGGCUCUAACUCGUCAGGAAAGCUUUGUGUUUUGCAAUUUAUUAGUCGAACAAAUUAGAUUUGCGUCGAGAAAGCAGAGAAGUGUGUUUGGAAACUGCGGGAUGAUUGGCAAAGUAGCGCUUAUCACCGCACCAUGUGCCGCACUAAACGCCACCUCGCAGUUUUUCUGGAGCUCUCUAAGUGCCCCCUUAAACCCAAAAAGAAGGAGAUAUUCGGGCAUCUUUACGCACCGCUGCUUGAUUAUGUUUCGGUAUGUUGACUGGCUGUCGCCUAUGUUUGGUUUGGAGAGAGAGAGUGUGUGUGUGUAUGUAUGUGUAAUGUGCACUGUGUGUGUGGCCCGGCUGGGUGACAGCGCAGCCACCAUGUCCACGAACCGUCGCUAGGAGGCAGAGCGCGAUCAGAAAAUCCAGCGCUGAGCUCGAACCUGAUCAGUUUCACCGCCACCCCUAUCUACACGGGCUACUAUUUGGCGAUCUCUUUAGAAUAAAGGGAGAGUAUACAAGACAUGGGGAGGGGGGGAGGAAAGGAAGGAAGGAGGGAGGAGGGGAGGGAGGUAGAGAGGAGGACCCCCCCCUCCAACCUCAUAUCCAAAUCUACAGUUCCUCUUCAUCACCUCAAUCCCACCUUCUCUGCUUGUAUCUCCUUAUUUUGUGCAUCAUAUUAGUACAUGCUGUAAUCAGCAUAUGCAAAUACACCGUGUGCCUGCAGACCUCACCUUUUACCCCCUGCAACCUCACAACACAUACACACAUGACAUUUUGAACAUGCAUUUCUAGGUGUUACUAAUGCAGCUUAAAAUCUCUGAAAAGGCAAAUAUUUAUCUGUAUUCGUUUCCAGUUUUUAGCACGUGUGUUUCACUUUCUUUUUUUUUUAUUCAGUGUGCAUUUUUGUUGGAUUAAGCACUUGGUGUAGCACAUCGGUUUCAGAGUGUACCUGCUCAGUGAAACUCCCUUUAAGCUGCAAAAAUGCAACUGAAAUCAACAGUGCUUUUUACACAGUUCAAAAUUACAAUUUCUUCCCUUUCUUCUGAUUUUUAUUCAAAGUCAGUUGCACCUUUUUGUCAAUAAAUUCAAUUAGAUCUUUUAGGGCAGAGACCCAGCCUGCACAGAGAUGAGUUUUAUUAAUUUAUUGUACAAACUUUUCACCUCACACCCAGUAGGAACAGGGCAUUAAUUUCUUCAUUUUAGUCCUUUUUUUAGGAGCUGUGAGUGUGCAUGUUUUUGAUAAAUUUACAGGCAGUGCAGACACACGUCCCUCCUCUGCUCCUCUGUUUAUUUCACCCAGCUGCGUGCCUAGGAAAAAAAGUCACAAAAAGGUGACGAUUACACGCUCUCACUUAGAGAAAAUGGAAGUCUAUGUAUGUAUGGAGACUUCAUUUAUAUGAAAAAGAAAAAAAAAGUAUUUAGGUCUCACCCCUCCCUCUCUGAGCUUGGUUAAAUCCAACUGAAUGUUAUGUUUUUCAAACAGCGGAUAUCCACUCUGCUUCAGAGGUGAGGGGCUUACGCAGCUUUCAUUAGAUUUUUUUUGGUGGUUUUAUCCUGAUCUGUUGUGUAACAUGCGUGGCAUUGUGUUGGGCUAAAGUUGAAUCAAAGAGGGGCAGGGUUGGGAAAAAGAAGUGUGUGUGUGUGUGUGUGUGUGUGUGUGUGUGUGUGUGUGUGUGUGUGUGUGUUGGGGUGGGGAGGUUGAGAGGGUAAGUUAGUGGAGGUGGUGCGAGAGCAGGGAAUUUAUCAUGUUAUCUCCAUGUCCCAGUUUGCGCACAGAUGUCGUGCAGGAUUGCGGCAUUCAAAUGAUAUUUCCUUCAGGGGAUGGAGUCUACAUUCAGACCCGUGCUAUCACUCUAUCUCUCUCUCUCUUUCCCUGACACACACACAUACACACUUAUCCCCCCCCUCCCCACGUACACACACACUCGCACACACACACUGUGUUACACAUGCAUGCACAGGAUCCCUUUUAUCAGACAAAAUCUGUACCAAUCAGCCAGACAGUGAAAAUUAAAAUCUAUUUUUUGACUCUCAGUGGUUUUAAGUUCAUUAAAAUGUGAAAUUGGCGGCUGAGUAAAGAAGGUCAACAUGCAUUAGGCGGCUAGCACAGAGUCAGACUCUUCACCUUGGACUGGAAGAUUUCCUUUAAAAGAGGGACAGUGAAUUAUGUCCUCCCGUCUCGCCUCUCUAAUUCAGCGGGCUGCUCUCUUCACACUCCUCUCCCUCUGCUGCAGGACGGACUGAGCUUUCACAAAAGGCUGCUUAAAAAAAGUAGUUAGGAGUUAAUCCAGCCCUUGGAGGGGUGAGGAAUCGGGUUGAACGGCUCUUUUUUGGGGUGAUUUCCCGCUGUAAAAGCGGCUAGUAUCUACGAACUGUAAGUCAGGCUCAUGUAAGUGAACAAGGCAGAGGAGAGUCCUCCUUCCUCCUGACACACUCUCUCCGAGUCGCCUGCCUCUCCUCGCCUCUCCUCUCCCCGGCUCAGACGCUGCUUUGUGACAGUUCUUCCUUCUGCUGAUUACAGGAUCAAAAUCUGUACAAACAGAGAUAGACAAGUCAUCCACAUAUUUAGUUUAUGUGUUUAACCAUCAUUUUUCUAAGCUCUCCCUGUAAUUGGCUCUGAAAUGGUUAUCUUUGAGGAAUCUGAUUUAAGCUUUGCAGCUAUUCAGCAUAUUCUUUCCCACCAUUUUACUCCUCUGAUGUGUGAUCCAGAUCAGCUCGCGUUGUAAUCAUUUUUUCUGCGUUGCAUGCAUUUCUAUCAUUACAAGGCACUCUUUCCCAGUCCCUCAUUGUGUGCACCACAUGUCAGCUUGUGUUUAGCUCUGACUUUAACUCUGAUCCUCCGUGUCACUUCCUCUUCUUGUCAUUUAUUCCCUCAAAUAGUCGUAUCAAUAGUUUUUUUUUAUCCCAGGAAAAAUCUAAACAUGUGGUUGUUGCUUUUUUUUUCUGCUGAGUGUAACCAUCACUUUCUAAUUUCACUCUCACUCUUCCCUCCCACCCCUCUCUUCUUCUUCUUCUCCCCCUUCCUCUGCGCCUGUUCUCCCCCUCUGCCUCACCAGCAGCCGAGCCCCUCUCCACGGCCGUCGUCUCGUCGGAGGAGCUGUCGGAGCGCUGCUCGGAGAACUCGGAGGAGAGCGGCAGCUUCAAUGGGCACCACCCGGGCUCGACUGUGGGCCGGCUGGCCCGGCUGGGUCAUGACCCCUCUCACCCUUCCCUGGAGCAGGACCUGCUGACCUGCGGCCAGUGCCAAGCCACCUUCCCCCUGGCGGACAUCCUGCUCUUCAUUGAGCACAAAAGGAAGCGAUGCCACGGGCCGCCCUGCCUGACUGUAGGCAGGGGGCUGGACAAGCCCCCCUCGCCUUCCCCUGGCCUUGCCCUCACCCCGUCGCCCGCGCUGGGCCCUCUGCGCAGCAGAAGGCCUGUGGAGGUGGGCGUCCAGGCCACGAUGGCAGACGACGAUGAGGAUCGGUUCCCUUCGCCUCGGGGGAUUUUUCCCAAACAGGAGCCCCUCCCAGGUAACCAGACGUGUUUCCACACCAACAAACACACUCCACCUUUGUCUGGAUGUAACCACAGCUGCCGAGGUACUCAAGUUAAGAGAGAAGCAGCUCAGUGAGGCUGCCAGAGCAGCUCUGUUGAGGCUGUGAUUGUCGGCUUUGGUGUGAAAAGAGGAGCUAAAAUAUGUCAGAACAGAGAAAUCAGAGCUGCAGAUUGUCUAUUUUUAAUCAACCUUUCUCACUCAUGAAGGGAUAGAUCGACUCCUCCAGCGUUGAGAUUUUACUCCUCUUACAUUCUCGGGAAUGGGGUGACUUUAGUGCACGAGUGUAUUUUGCAACUCCAGGUUUGUUUCUUAUUGUCGACACAAUGUGCGAGUAUUGUGGUAGUCUCCAGUCUGGCCUCCAUAUUCCCGAUGAUCUCCAUCCAAAUCGUGUGUGGGGGCUGACGCUGUCUGAGCAGGAGUUAUUCAUUUUUCGAAGGGACACGUCCAUGUCAAUCCCAGUUAAGGAUAGAAAUCUGAUUGGCUGAGAAAUGUUUGGGGGGAUGUUUCAGACAAACAACAACAGCGGGACGUCACAGAUGGGGAGGAAACCCGGGAGAGUACGCCUCUGUUUUCUUUUAUAGCUUUGAAAAAAAAAAGGACACACACUGCUUUGAUUUAGAACAGCUUUCUCUCCCCGUCUGUGUGUGUGUCUGUGUGUGUGAAUAGUCUGUUUUUAUGGUCUCGUGUAAAGAGAAGUGUUUGUGCAUGUGUAAUAUGAUGUUACAGUCCCACAUCUGAAUAUUUGUCUUUUUGGCGAUCUGCUGAAUUUGGUGCACAAAAAUAAAAGUGUGUGUGUGAGUGUGUGUGUGAUGUCCCCCACAGAGAGACUUAGAUGACCUUGACUUUGUGUUACCUCUGGUCAGCGUGUGAUCGCUCCGUGUUGUGUUGGGUGUUAGUAGAAGUGUGUUUGACUCCGUCCGGGGAGUCACUGCAGCCUCUUUUUGGGAUUGUGUGUGCAGAACGUGUGUUCUUUCAUAACACUUGAGUGCGUGUGUGUGUGUGUGUGUGUGUGUGUGUGUGUGUGUGUCGUUCUCUCAUGUGGCCUCAGCAGAUGUGUCCUGCUCUCGAUGUGGUUUGCCCCCUCUUUCACUGCCAUCUUACCCGCUCUCCAUCCCUUUCAUUUCUUUCCCUCGCUUCAGUUUACCUCCACACCAAACUUCAUAGGUAAAACGUGCGAUUUUACUCCGGUUUUUAUCUCACCCUUUUCCUCCCUUUCCUUUCCUUCCUUUCGCCUCUUUUCUCAGUACAAAUGAGAGGCGAGCGGCGAAAGGGAAACGCCAAUUUUAGCUUUUUCUCUUAGAGGGGAAAGUCGUUUAUUUAAAGCGUCUUAACACCACUAAUUAUUUGUUGCAGCGCCAUUUUUUUUCUUCUUCCUCGUGCAUUUUAAUUAGCAGUAGUUUUUUCAGUGGCGGGCUGCCUGUACUAAAUUAGCCGUUACAGAAAGAGAGAGAAGGGGGAGGGAAAGAAGCGGGGAGAGAAGAUGAAAUAGAGCAGCAGAAACAGAGCAGAAAAAUACUCACUUUAUCAGUUUGCUCGUUGAACGCAGCUUAAGAUUCCUAAAUGUUGCACUUUGUUUCUGUUUUGGAGUUCGGGUGCAUUUGAGGAAGUUUCGCAUUCGCAGGAGUUUUCGGCGAAGUUUUGACCUUUAACCUUUCCUCAAAGAGAUGAAUCUGUCUCCAGCUUUAAGGAGUUGACACUUUUUUUUCUCUUCCCGCUUGUAUCUCUACUCUCACGAUAACAUUUCAACACCCACUCCCACACACACCCUCUCACACUCACAGACACUCACCGGCUAAACUGGGUUAUUAGAGCGAUUUACAUCAUAAUACAGGCGUCUGGUUGCUUCAAUAGCAUUGUGUGUGGGAACGUCUUGGUAGGAACAGCUGUACACUCAGACAGGAGGAGAAGAAAACAGGACAGCAGCGUUAUAUAUCUUGUCUGAAGUUGACGUCAAGCCCAAACAGCAGACAGACCGAGCAUUAUUAAACCGAGGAGAAAAAAACUGGCUUGUAAAAAUAUCCAUCUGCGCAAGGAAUUCAUCAUUUUAUUUACAUGUCUCCUCUUUAAUCAGCUCUUUUUCUGGAUCUCCUCGCAGCCACUGGACACACACCAGUGCAAACACCACCUCACAGGCUGAAUUUAUGCAACACAUCCAUCCUGAUAGGCGAUAAUUAAAGCCAGUAUCUCCCUCCCGACCCCGGCUUUCAUCCUAAUUGACCCCAAACUGUCACGCUGAGGUAAAUACGUGAAAAGGCAAGAAAGAAGAAGAGAAAUCAGCGGGAAUUUAAACCACGAUGAUCGCCGCCCAAUAAGCAUUCUUAAUGACAAAAGAAGGAGGAGAGGGAGGAAUGUGUGUGUGUCAAUGCCGGUGUGUGUCCAUCUCCAGUGAGAGGCCUGGACUCAGCAUCAAAACUGUGACAACAGGAAUAGAAAAGCAUCAAACUCACCAUCAGAACACAGUUUUUUAUUUAUUUAUUUUUUAAUUUUAACAAUUUCUCAACAAUCCAGCAGAGAUUCAAUCUGUAAAUUGGGAUCUAGAUGCCUUUAUUAUCAUUUUAUCAUCUUGUCCUCUUAUGUAUCGAAUAGAAGAAAUAGAUUUUCUCGUCUUGGUUGAGAUAUCCAGGGAAUAUUUUCCACCAUAUGAUGCAGAAAUUGUGACGCCCUCUCCUUUAUCUCUGCAUAUGUAGCAUGUUUUUCUUGCAUGCAUCCUGCCUACAUAAUGGGAUGUCUGUGUAUCUGCGGUCCACGGUCAGAGAAAGAGGUAGAGAGAGAGAGAGAGAGAGGGAGAGAGAGAGCUUCUCUAGCUGCUGCGAGGCUCAGAGGAACACAAAGCGUCGGACUUGUGCCGGAACGCUGCUAUUUACAUAUCAAACAGCUCCGACCGUGAACAGACAUUACCUGUACGUGUGUGCGUGUGAGGGAGGGAGAGAGAGAGAGAGAGAGAGGGAAAAGACUGUACAGGCAAAAUGCCGAUCAGGGAUGCAAAAAGGCAGCAUACCCGCCCACCCACACCACACACACACACACACACUCACACACACACCGUUAGAGCUCCCUCUCUCUCUCUUGCCCAUUUAUUCUAUUAAUCCCUGACUGAGAUGAAAAUUCUGAUUAUAAUCCCUGAGGCGCCCCUCAUUCAGAAACAGCAUUGCUAAUGUCUCAAAAGAGAACCCUUUGCAUAUAUGUGUGUGUGUGUGAGUGUGUGUGUGCGUACAUUGAUGUGUGAAUGGCCACGUCUCUUUUAACCGAAAGAAGAAAAAAAAAAAUCCUGGCUUGAAAAUUUCAAUUUUCAAGCAAAUUCUUUGUGGAUUAUUUCAGCUGUAAAUACAAUUCCUGCUGUCCAGUUUUGCCAAUUGAUUUCUUAUAAUUGGCACCAGCGUUUUAAUCCCUCCCUCAAUGGGAAAUCAGUGAUAAUAUGUGUGUUAAUGAGCUGAAAUUGAUACCCAGCCAGUGCAAAGAAUAACUCAUUUUAUUGACCAUUGGUUUUAUUGAGCAAUAUCAGCUGGAGAGCUCUAACAGCGCUGCGAUAUUUGCUUAUUAACAGAGAUAUUAUCACGUCAUGUGCAUGUUGUCAAAUCCCAAAAAUUCUUCACAUGAAUUCAUCCAACACAUGAUUAUUUUCAGCCCUAAAUUUAGAGGAGUCUCCCUGACUUGUAGCCUCGUAACAUGAGAAUUGUUAGCCUAUGAUCUAAUGAUUAGCAAUUAGCUUAUCAUUGCUGGCUAAUGCUUCCCACCUCAAUACACAUUAGUGCAUUUUUAACACCCAUCAUUGUCUGGCUCCAUGUCAGAUCUCCCUCCAUCGCGUUUCUAUUCUCUCCCUCCUCUUCGUUUUUUUUUUUUUUUUUUCCUCUUUGGCUCAUUCGUCCGUCUCUCUGCCUGCAACAUUAGCACUCAAUGCAAAUCCGAGACAGCCAAUUGAUACUGAAUCAAUUACAGUAUGUUUGGUGUGUGUGUGUGUGUAUGUGUGUGGAGGACAUAGCGGCGAGCCUACAAAGAGAUUUCACACACUGGCUGCCAUUACUAAUCUAUUGUUGCUGCGUCUUUCUUUCCCAACAUAAGAUUUUAUUUAGUGGACUCAAGUGCAGUGUUUGAACUGCAGCGUUUUCUCUCCCAGUGCAGCGAGCCUCUGACUGUGUCUGAAUGAGCUUACUGAAUGUAAACAUGCUCGGGGUGUGCGGAAAGCAUCAGCUGAAGGAUAAAACAUACAGCAGGCCACUGGAACAACUGGAAAAGCUAAUAAUCUGCCAGCGAGGCCAACAGGCUGUAUUGUGUUUUAUACUCAGCGCUCACAAAGAAAAACCUCUAUAAAAGUGCAUAUUUGCUGAUUAUUGUCCUGCUGUAAAUGUGUGGGUGUGUGUUUGCAGAGCGUGUCUGCGAUCCAGACGGAACCCAAAAAAAAAAACAAAAAAACUUGGAAGUCAGUGCUGACAAAAUUUGGACGCUUUAAUAAAGCAGUGAACGGAAAGAAAUGAUUUUUAUGUUGCUGAAAAUAGAGCAUGAGCACUUCACGUGAAUUUUUAAGUGGAUUUUUUUUAAGGCCUCUGUUCGGAAAGUCCAGACCAGUGAGCCUGGAUGAUUUAUCCUUUAUCCUGUUUGGUAAUGCAUGCAGCACACACACACACACACCCAACCAACCCAUAUUUUGUUGCAUAAUAAAGUAUUAAGGCAGCGUUGUUAGAUUGCUGUAGUCUCUGCAGCUCAGUUAAAGGGGAUUUCCACCUAUUUAAUGAUAUCUUUGUUUAAAAUUUGGAGGUUCCCAUCAGGGGCAGAAAGUUACCGAUUACAUCAACUCAGUCGUAUUUUUGUGCUUUUUCAAGCAGUUUUAAAAAUCACUACUAUUACCAAGGUGUUUUCUAUUGAAAGUAUUAUGCUGAACAAUACUGCACAUAGAAUCAUCCCUGAGUAUAAUAGCUUUUUAUCAUCUGCAUGACAGCCGCUGAUUUGAUAUACUGCAAAAACUCAUAUCUUACCAAGUGAAUUUAUCCCAAUUCCAGGCAAAACAUCUCAUCACACGGAUUUAAACAUAAAUCUCAUGUCAAGAUAGUUCAAGCAAAAACUUUCUUGAUAAGCUUCUUUGAAUUGUUAAUACAUGACUUUGUUUUUUUUUUAUUAUCAAGACUUUAUUUUCGGCCUCUAAUAUCAAACCUCUCUGCACAACAGGGCCAUGACUCAAGUGUGCAGGAAUCAUCUAUGAAGUGCAAUUUUAAUAAUGAUUCCAAAAUGUUCAAAAACUUCAACCUGGACAGACACUAAGACAAAAUAAUGCCACACAUCGAUGUUGUUGGUCAUAUUACAACAAUUACUCUGAGAAAAAUGUGCUUUUAGUUCAUUUGGAGGGCAUGCCUUACUCAGCUGCCCUCACUGCCAUGUGCAAGAGGUCCUUUUUCUGCCCCUUUCCUAAGAAGUUGAACACACUGAUAGAUUUAUUCCAACUUGAGUAAAAAGACAUCAUAGUAACUGUACUUUGACUUAAGCAGAGUAUUUUAGCUCUCUUUCCUCAAACAUGUGAAACAGGCUUCACAGAAUGGUCAAAAACACAGCCACAAAAGCUGAGAAAUCAUGAUUCUGAGUCUUAAUUGUGGAUCAAAAUCUUCAAAAUACUUAAUUCCUCUAAAGCAUCUUAUAUUUUUGUAACACAUUGUAUAGGGUGAAGUUAAAGUUUGUAAUGCAGGCUUGACUAGGACUAAAAAUCCCUCCUGUAGAUGCACAAACAACAUCAAGCAUCAUUUUUUAGCUCCUCUUUUGGCAUACAAUCUUAGGAAUCCCCCUUUUUUAACAACUCUAGAUUAAACCUUGAACUUGAAGUGCUUUGACAAUGGUCUCUGACAGAAUGUGACCUUUGACCUCUAUUUGCAGAAGAGGGUAGAGGGGUGACGAGAGAAUUGUCCUGACGCAGAUUAGACUCUUAAUGUUGUCAUAGUUUGUAGAAGUGCAACAGUAUUGUAAAAGAAAGCAGUUUUGAUUGACACUUUUUUGCAUCAUUAGUGAGUUUUACUACAGUAAAAACACGCAUUAUAGAGUUACAAGCAAAAGUCAAAUGUAAAUCCACAGUACAUCUACAUCUAAUCAUUGAUGCUGACAUGAUCAGUCGACAUAAAAGCUGAGAUUUCCUGUAUCUGCUCGUGUUUUAUCAACAUUUACUGUAAAAUAGGACAAACUACAGGCUUGCAGGAGUGUAAGUGUGUUUACUAUUUCCAUGCGUGUGCAGAAUUGAUCAGGUAAAGACAGCGUUUAUUCAGGUGCAUCGUCUGGCCGCACAGAAAGCAUUGCAUUUUGCAUGUGCAGUAGGUUUGGAUUAAAUAGAGGAGCAGACCUUGAGUGGCAAUCAUUGCCACCACGGCUGAGCACACAGCAACAACAACAACAACAACGUCAGCAUCAAAGGAUAAGAAAAAAAAGAGGAAAAAAAUCCAAGAGACGUCAUGCUGCCCACACACUUUGAUUGACAGCUGAUCCCUGGGACGUCUGUGCCACAGCGACGAUGACCAAAGAUGGAGGCAGAUGUGUAGAAAACAAAAGAUUACGGUGGUCAGUAAACCGUCGUAAAACAAUGACAGAGAACAAUAAGACAUAAAAAGGACCAGCGUUAUUUCCCAGUUUGCAGUCUUCGCAGCUGUGACAGCGUCUCUGUGACGUCAUGCCGACUGCUCCCUGUGAUGGAGGAUUGUUUAUUGAUCUGACUCGUCGUGUUUAUGCGAGCGAUUCGGCGUCCACGCUAACAUCUCCUCCUCCUCCUCCUCCUUCAGCGUGGUGAGAGGGAAAGCUGCUGUUUUUGGCUCGCUCACUGCUCCCUGUGUGUGUGUGUGUGUGUGUGUGUGUUUGUGUGAGUUUAUUCCUCAUAGACACACACACACACACAAAACGCACACACCCUGCUCGGUCUGCUCAGGGGGUGCACAUGUAACUCAGCUCUCUUAUUAUGUUGAAGGCAGUUGAAGGCCUGUUCAUAAAACUGUUUAUACACUACAAAGCUUAUUUAUAUAGGCCACUGGAUUACAGACUGGCUCUGCACACACACAUACACACACCACACAGACACACACACACACGUCACACUGUAUAUUCACAUCUCACAGGCUGGAAAUGUUUGCGUUUGUUACUAAUUCUCUUCACGUGUACCUGCCGACGGCUUUUACACUGUAUGUAUGCACAACUACCAUCACAAUUAAAGUUUGUGUGUUUGUGUGUGUGUGUGUGUGUGUAGUCUGCAGGACAUCCCCUGGUAAAGAGUGCCAGGGCUGAGCUGGCAGUAUGUGUGUGUAUGUGUGUGGCCAGAGCGUGUGUGUGUGUGUGUGUGUGUGUGUGUGUGUGGAAGGGCCUGGCUCCUCGCUCCGGUUUCAUGUUCCCCAUUUGGCUGAAAUACUACUACAACUGCAUAGGCGCAGCACACACACAUGCACACACACACACACACGCUGCCACUUUGUUAGUCUGUGUGUGCAUAUGUGUGUGUGUGUGUGUGUUGAUAAGUGGAACACAUAUAGUAGUGUACGCACAGCUCCUUAUGAGUGAGUCUAAUCUUUUAUUUUGGCAUUGUGAGCGUCUUUCUUUCUCACUCCCACCUCUUCUUCCUCUCCUUCUUCUUCUCUUCUUCUCUACUCCACAUCCUACUUCUCAGUGAAUCAAAAGCUUGUUUAGCGCCAAAUAAAGUGAAUCCUCAAAGCAGGAUAACAUAUGUAAUUCUUAUGAUCUCCGGCAGCUCGCUCCUGAUUUUUUUUUCAACGCGAACAACUCACUGCAGAGACGAAAAAAGCGAGGGCGCUGACGCUGUUGAAACAAUUCUCUUAGAGGCAGACUUGAGCGUUCAGUGCGAGAUCAGAAGGAAAACACGAGCAGCCAAAAACAAGAUUAGAGUGAUGAUGUCACACAUAGUAAAGACAUAGUAAGAGCCCUUCCAGGAAUUAACUAUGUUUCUACAAAUCUUCUAUAGUAAAUAUCAAGGAAUAAACGCUCCGGAGAUAAAGCUUCGGGUCUGUUAUAGAUAACGAGUGCUGCUCUUAUUAGAGGUUUCAGCCAAUAAAAAGCCCAGAAACAGGCGAAGAUGAUUCCUUAUUUCAUACCUGAUUAGUAUCAGUCAAUCAUCUUUCAUUUAAAAAUAAAUCAUCUUCUUCUAUUUAGCUUUUACAUUUUUAUUUCAAUAAAGUUCAAGUUCAGACUCUUAACAUUCUCUUAUUACCUUUUGAUUUCUUAUGGUUUUUAUAUUUUAUAUAUAUUUAUGUUGAUAUUAUUGAGGAGGCAGUUCAGCCUGUGCUGAAUGAGAUCAAGACAAAUUACCCAAAAAGAACAACAAAGGUUAUCAAACAGUAUCAUACUGUAUUAUAUCGUAUUGAUAAUAAAUUGCAUCAUUUUACAUUAUAGCGUUUCUGUUGUGUUAAAUCAUAUUAUGUCAAAUGUAAUGUAUGACAUUAUAUAGUAUCAUAUCAUGUUAUACUGCAUGUUGCAUCAUUUUAUAGUGUUUCAUAAAGUCCAUCUUUUCAACUUCUACUGCAUUGACCACUCUGGGUAUCGUAUCGUAUCGUAUCCAGGGGUUAAAGCAAAAAAAAAAAACAACAUCCUGAGCCUGAAGUUUUUUCUUGUGAAUGUGUGUGUACGCAUUUGCGCUUGUGUGUGGUGUGGGGGGUUGUCGUCCUGUAGUCUUGACACAUUCGCUGUUUAGAAAAAAAAAACAUUAUAUGGAAAUGAAUGAUUGCAGAUUAUGGUUGGCCUUUUAAAACUGCAAUGAUAAGAAAGGUCAGAUGGUGGCAGUAGUGCUCCUCCUCACUACAGUACGGUACUAACACGUAGCAUUCAUGGUUACAAGUUUUGCUGCUAAGCGUGGUCCUUGAUGGUUUACAAAGACAGAUUGUGCUCUGUAAUGAACAUGCACGCGCGUAUUUUCAAGUCGCACGCGCGGUCAGCCAGUAGCUGUAGUUGUUGCUCCCGGUAACUAUGUUGUGGGUGGGAAAGCGCGAACAGUUGCUCUAUGAGCGGGGUGUGACUCAUGACGUCGUCGCACUUUUUUCAGCUAGUUGCAUAAACUAGCUUUCUCGAGCACAAAGUGCAGAAGCAAACACCUGCUUCUCUUAACUUCUUUCACCAGCUGCUUAAAGGCUCAACAUCUUUUUCUAUCUCUUCUAUCCACGCCCAGCGUAAUUAAUUUUUUAAUCCUUUUAUCAACAAGGAGGGCAUUUUCCCCAGACUUUAUGAAUUUGGACAGUAUAGGACAGAAUUUUCCACUUUACUUUUGAUUGGCUAGUUUGCGAACAGGAGAGUUGUGCUCCUUUCUGUCAUCAGCAGAGCAACUCAUAAACUCGAAAGUAACCGGUCCGCGGUACUUUAAGUCCUGUGUAUGUAUUGUAUUGUAUGGUAUUGCAUGGUAUUGAAGGUGCUGCCUUUGGCCUCGGGUAGAUCACAUUUAUCUCUGAAGAUUUUGAGUGAAGCUUCAGGCAGAUCCAUGGAUUGAUUCUUGCCCUGGCCACUUAAUUAAUUUAUGAUUAUGGAUUAAAUCAACAAUACUGAUAAUUAAGGAAGAGUACAAGGUAACAAGGAAAAUAGGCAGCAAAAGAAUGCUCCUUAUUUUUGUAUUUUCACAAGUAGAGAAAUGAUAUUAAACCCCUCAGACUGUCUCAGAGAUGCAGUGCCACUUGCAUUUGUCUCCUUCAGCAGGUGGAAUACUUUGGAUAUUUGAUUCAGGGCUGGGCGACACCAAAAGUUCCGUUUCCUAUUUGAUACUGUUAUUUGCAUUUGAACAAUAUCCAAACUGAUACUGAAAAGUUGCAUUGAAACUGAAAGCGGUCGUUUUUAAAAUGGGUAUGAGAUUUUUCAGAGCACCAGUCAUUUUCAUAAGAGUUCAGUCAGAAAUCUCAUUGUAUAUUGAGUUUCUAUUCCCAAUGGCAUCCUGCAUCAAAAAAAUGUCGAAAUGACUCAGUAUGGUAAUGUUAAGAAAUGCAGGUUAAACUGAGGCAUCACUGAAGUUUUAAUUAUUUUUUGUUAGAUAUGACUUAACUCUGCUUGGUGUUUGAAGGGGAAGGAAGGAGGUCUUUUUAUUUGUCUUCAGCAAACUUUGAGCUUUCAGGUUGUGCUGUUUUAAAAUAGUUUUUUAAGUCAUUUAUAAGAAAGGACAACAGCAGAGAGAUGAGAAAUGGGGGCUAAAGAACUGUAAACAACUUGCACUGAAGGAUCAAAGCUGAGAUCUGAAUCAGAGUCCGCUGGGACGAGGACUUUGACCCCUAUUUGUGGGGUGCAAACUUCACCUAGCAGGCCAAACUGACUCUCAGAGGGGUGUUGUUUCUAAAUGUUGACAGACACUGCUCUGUCUUGUUACUAAUAGUGCAUCCUUGUUUGCAGUUUUCUGACAAUGUUGAUGAACGGCUCCCUGAUCUCACAUUACUUUAUCAGCUUAACAAGAAGAGAUGUUCUGGUACAAAAAUUUUACAGAUUUAGUGGUUUAAGAAAAAAAAAAACCUACAAUUAAAAAAAAAAAAAGUACAUUUUUCUUUCAAUUUCUUUCAAUUUCAUUAUUCAUGUUUUUAGAUAAAUAAGCUUGUAAGCUCAGCCUAUCCUUGAGAAACUGCUGCUUAAAACCACUCUUUGACUACUUUUUGACUCUGUCUUUCGGCCUAGUUCCUCUCUUAUGUAUGGUUGACCACCAAUAUGUUACCAGAUUGAUGUCGGUGAAGUUAGUUUUAUUAAUCCUGCACCAGGUCCCUCAAAAUUUCUCAAUGUUGGGAUGGUUUGCAGUCUUUACAAAGACAAUUUUGGUUGCGUGUAAACCUAAAGCUUUCUCUUUGUCGAUCCUAAGAUGUCGAGGAACACACCAUUUAAUAAUGCUUAAAAAAAAACCCACAUACACACACUCACACAACAUUUAUAAGGAACUCCCCCAUCGCCACCAGCAGCAGCCGCACCGACUUUUCCUGAUAAUUUGCGGAGGCUCAUUUGAAUUUUAAGCGCUACUUUAAUCUUCAAAGCUCAAAUAGCUUUAUGAAUAUGCAUGCAGUGGGCAGACUUUAGUUCAUUACCUAGUUGUAAAUUCUAAUGACCAUUAGGUCCUCACAGUAAUUGCCAAUUGUUUUGCAUUUUUGAUUGGCCUAUUACCAUGCGCAUUCGCGGCGCACAUCAGCUACGCUUGUCAGAGCCGGCGUGUCAAGGGGUGUUUGUGUGUGUAUUUGUGUGUGUGUGUGUUUUCUCAUUUGUGCCUUGGGUGGGAGAUUUGUGUGUGUGUGUGUGCGUGUGUGUGUGCGAGGAUGUUUUUUAGGCUAAUAUAAAUGAAAGUUGCAUUUUUUUUUUAAUUGUUGGAAGAUUGAGAGCCGAGCCAGAGAUUGGACAUAUUUAAUUUACAUGAUGUCUCGUCUGUUCGCUCAUUACACUGCUCGUCUCUCACAAACACACACACACAUGCACACAAAAUACACCCAAUGCAAACCAUCUGGCCCUCUCCUGUACGUGUCCAUCUUGACAUGGUAAAAUGAUUUCUCAAUGCUCAUCUCUCCAUCUCUGUCAGCCUAUUCAUUUUUUAGAGUCACCCCCCCUUUCAGUUUCUCCUUGAACAAACAGAUGUCAGAUACCUCGCUCUUUUCUCCCUCCCCGGCUCUAUCUAAGGCUGCCAUUUUGGAGACAGUGAUUCGUCUUCCUAAGUGAGUUUCUCUGUAAACAUGAACCAAAACUCCUCUGAAAAAAAGACGAGAAAAAAAAAAACGGAGAAAAAGACUCCUAUUGUUCUGUCUUCAGCAGGAAAAACAUCUCUUUCUCUGUGCAUACACACAAGAAAAUAAGCACCUGUGCGUAAACACCCACAAAUACACACCUUAUCCUUCCUUUGUACUCAAAAAGAGUCCUCUUCUGAAAGUCUUUUUUUUUUGUCAGAGGAAGAAAAGAAGAAAAAAUCUAUAUAAUAGAUCAAUUUUCAUCUAAUAAUCAAGCUGGACAAUUAAGAAAAUGAGAACAAAAGCAACAACAACAAACAAGAGGAGCUGGUGCAUGGGCGCUAAUCUUUAUUUUUCUCCUCUUCUUCUUCCCUUUGUUGCUUUCUCCCCUUUUUUUUUUACCCUCCCCUGAAAAACACACACACACACACACACACACACACACUCUUCCUUUUCUCUCACGCCGUUCCAGUUUGUGUACAAGUGCUGUGAGGGAGAUAUGUGAACCUACAUAGCGAUGAAAAGGAAUUCUUAAUUGCCCAGAAAUGAGCAAUGUUACAAACGGCAGUGUAAUGGACGCAGCCGAGGGGAAGGAUGUGUGUGUGUGUGUGUGUGUGUGUGUGUGUGUUUGGAGGGGUUGUCUCCAGUGGGACUUGCGAGGCCUGUUUCCUGAGGUCUCUUUUAGCCCCCCUACAAAUACUCUCUCUCUUUCUUUCACGCACACACACACACACACACACCCUCUCACACACACCCUGUAUACCUCUGGCUGCUGUUCCUCACUUCAAAGUUGUUAAUAUUCAGCUGGGAAACUGUAUCCAGAGCACAGCUAAAUUAUUAAGCGUAUGAACUUUUUAGGCAGUAAGAUGAACUGAUGGGCCACAUCUAUGAGAUGCUCCUCUUCUUCACGUGUGUGUGUGCGCAUGUGCGUUUAUGUGUGUGUGUGUUCAUGCCCUCUCCUCCUGCCCCAUGCUUGGUCUUUGGCCAAGGGCAUGCAUAAUUGAUCCCGUGCCCGCUAUCAUUUUCUUGAUGUAAUUGCCCCGGUAAGAUAUGAUGAAAUCUAAUGGAUAAUUUAUCCCGUAAAACGGAUAAAGAAGCUGCUAAAAUGUACUUUGUAGGCAUUUCUGUCUGGGCGUGUGCAUGUGCAUUUAGUCAAACACUAAUAUUUCAGCAGCGUGUGGUCAAUGUGGAGAGAAACUGUAAGUGAUAUCCGUCCUGAGGGGUACAAACUGGAACAUGUCGACAUUUUUCAGAUUGUUUUUGUAGGUUAACUCACCAGAACUGCAACUUUGACAGUUGUUGUUGUUAUGUGGUUGAAUUAUUCAUAUUUAAGAAAGUAUUCUUCUGUAAUCACCGAAGAAAGAUUAAACUACAUCUACUGGAUAAUCUGUAUCCCCAAAAAUUUAAUUUGUAGUAAGAAUUUUCUCUUUAGGACUCUUAGGUGUCGCUUUGUGUUUAAUAUUUCAGUGGUAGGUGGUCAAUGUGGAAGAAAACUAUCAAUGAUAUUUUAUCUGAAAUGAUAAACUCACAGUUUGAAACGCUUUUAUAAAACAGCUGAAUAACUUCUUUUACUCCAUGUGCUGAAAAGAUAUAGAAAUUUCUUUCCAAGAAACAUAAAAGGAAACUAGUGCCGUUGAGUGGAUAGUGAAUGGCUUGUCUACUUGUUAUUAAUUCCUGGCAAGAAAAAAAAAAGCAAGAAAACCAGCUUUUCAUCUUGAAAUUGUAACACUGAAAUCUAAUCAUAUUUAAGAUUUUACAAAGUUGUGAGAAAUGGAAGGUUUCUUUCUGUAAUCGUCUAAGAAAGGUAAUAUACACGUUUAUAUUUUGUAUCAUUAUCUUUGUAGGACUCGUUUGGAUAAAUGUGUUGAUGAAAUGUUAUCGAUCAAAUCGCUUUAAUUCUCUUUGAAAUGCAGUGUGUGGUCAAUAUGGAGAAAAACCACAACUGAUAUCCUACCUCAGAGGUUAAAUGAUAAAAUGUUGCCAUAUUUUUGGAUGUUUUUACAGGUAAACUCACUAAAACUGCCAAGCUUGACAUGAUUCAUUAUGAUGCAGCUGAAUAAUUGAUAUUGCAGCAUGUGCAAAAAGCUCCAAAUGAUGUGAUUUAAACAAACCCCUGAUGCACUGAAGGAGAAAGUCAAUGAUUCGUCUUCUGUUCGACUGGGUCUUAAAGUUAUAGUUGAAGGAUUGGGAAGAGCGUCCAGAGAAGCUCCACGCUGGUCAUAGAGUCGAUUCCUGGUCAUAAUGUGAUAUGGUGCCAACAAUUCCCACUCUUGAUUCUCACAUUUCGUGUUUCUCCCAGGCUGCCCUUUCAAAAUAAAGGAGGAAAAGCCCUACAAAUUAAAUAAGAAACAGAAAAAGGAUGCACAAAAUUCAUCGGUUUUGGUUUGGUUAUACAAACUGUAGUCUGAACAUACAAGGGUUCAUGAAAUUGAAUGAAAAAUGUUCAGCCUUGUGGCUAAUUCGUCUCCAAAAAAACCCUUAAACAAGUUGUGCAAACACACUUUGUUGGACCUUCUCUGUCUUGUGUGUACAUCUGUACAAAAGCAUGUCAGCUAUGUGUGAUAAAAAGAAGGUGGCUGAUUUAGUGUGCAGAAAAACUCCGAACAGGUAUGACAACCUGACAAUAGAGUUUAAAGGGAACAUACGUAAAUAAAGAAGAUGAAAUGAUUUGUCUUCAGUCUGAGGAGGAAGAUUGAGUUUAGAGUCUGCAAAGUUCAAAACCCAUCUGUGUAUUUUGGCAUUAAAGCUUCAAGAGUCUUUAUAGACGGUCACAUUUCUCCAACUCAAGGUGUAAUCAGACAACAAUAAAACAGGAGCUUUAAUCUUCAAUCUAAACAUAACAUGAUAUUUAACACCAGCUUCAUCUCACCUUUUCAAGAAUGUUUUAACCCCAAAACACACACACAAAAAAAAAAACACAGGUUCAGAAAAUAGACAUCUUGUUAUCCUGUUAAAUAAAUACUGAAGUGUGAAAGAGACUGUAAUUCCUUGAACUCUUGACCCCAAAUAAAAAAAAGCCAGGGAGGAAAGCUGGUCUUUGUGUGAGUGUGUGUGUGUGAGUGUGUGUGUUCUAACACCUUCACCUGCACUUUAUGAAUUUCCUCCAUUUCUCUCUCUCUCUGUCUGUCUGCCUGCCUCCUCCUCUUUCUUUGUCGAUCUCUCUUUUUCUUCCCUCUCCUGUGCUGCUGCAGUUUUCCGUUGGAGGACAGAUGUGUUUCAACACGCUCUGGACUGUAGUUAACACUGCUGAUCUCUCUCUGUCACACACACGCUCUUUCUCUCUCUCUCACACACACACACACUCUUUCUACCUGCGUUAAUUUAAUGGAACCUAACCCGUCUGUUGGCCUUUGUUUGAUUUCUCCUCCUUUAAGUUUCCAACUUGUUGAAAAGCGCCCGUUCAAAGGUUCUCUCUUAAGAAUGUGUGUUUGGUGCAUGUCACACACACCGAGCUGCAUCUGCUGACAGAUAGACAGUCAGUCAGACAAAGGCUCUCACACACACACACAAACACACACACACACACACAUGCACAAACACUAACACACGCACACACACACACACUGUUUAUCUUGCUGCAGAAGGGAAAAUGCGGGCACCAGUCUGCAGAGCUGGGAGAGGUGGGCUGGGACGACAAAGGGAGACGAGGAGGAGAGGGCAUGGGGGCAGAGCGCCCUCGGGGGGGUUAGGGGAUGUGAGAGACAGAGAGAAAGAGAGAGAGAGGGUGGAGUGAGGUAGAAAAGGCUGGGUCCUGGUGGUGGCUGUCCAUUAACAGAUGAACUUGGCCGACGUCCAACUGUUUGAUGAGACGGGUGUCAGAGGGCUCUGUGUGUGCGUUUGCGUGCGUGCGAGUGUGUGUGGAUUGGUGGUGUGGUGUGGGGGCUACACACCCACUCACACACAUGAUUACACACAUCUUAUCUCUCCCGGCUUUGGCUCUGCAUAUUAACCCACUCUUAGCGUUUAGCGUUAGCUCUCACUUAUACCUUUGUCAACCUGCGUGAGCAUCACUGCAAACUUGAUAAACAACACAGCUUUGUCAUCGCCAUUUGCUUCAGUCUUUUUAAAGGGUUGCUUUAACAAACACGUAAUCUGAAAAUAUCUGAGCUUUUAUUAAUUAAACUAAACAAUAAUGCCUUUACUCUGCAUUUUUUUGGUGUGUAUAGUGGUCACAAAGCUUCCUCCCUGCUGAGUCAUGACUCACUGAGGAUUGGUAUCAUUAAGAUACUGUUGAUACUGAUAGUGAUAAACAAACUGCCUAUCUCUAUGGAUGCUUAACUUUUAAUUACUAUGCGGAAAAAAAAAAAAAAAGACAGGACGUGAAAGAGAGAUGAGAAAUGUUAACAUUUUGUUCUGAUUGUAGCCUCUCUGCUGGGCACAAAAUCAUUGCAGUUCCAGACUGGUGUGAGAAUGUGGUAUUCACACAUAGGUAUGCUGCAGAUACACAGAGGAACACCUGUGAUAUUACGCUCUGGGGCCAUGACUUGAGAAGCUUGAGAGCCUCAGUACGAGACUGUAGACCUGGAGACAGCUGUAUUGGAGGGGUAUCUCAGGCCAGAUGAUCUCUUACAAAUGAACAUGUACUGUAUGUUUGAUACAAGGUCAUCUUUUCAUUACAUCUAAGCUCAGGGUUUUAUCACAUCUGGUGUGCUCGAUGCUUUUUCCUCUCACUGUAAGUAUUCUCAAAAAAAAAAAUUAACAGAAAUUCUGUUUGAUUUAACAUGAAAUGAUCAUUGUCUGUGUAACCAGAGUUGCAAAAUAAAUCAAACUGAAUGUAGAAAAAACACACAAAAGGCCUAACUUACUUCAUCAGAGUGGGGAAUGACAGCAUGGCAUAUUGUGGAGGCCUAAUGUAGUUACUAUCUUAGUGUUUUAGUCUCUAGAUCACCAGAAAAUGAUCCCAUUUUAACCAGGAAACAAGUUUUUGUUACCUUGAGAUUACAAGAAAAAUGAACUGAGAGCUUAACAACUGAAAUCAAGUCAUUAUUUCAGGAAAAUUUUGGCUGAAAAGCGCAUAGAUUCCCGCUUAUAGGGGCCCUGUACAAAGUAUAAGUGAGGGAGUGUUGCUGCAAUACCAUUCCUCAAUGUUCAACAUCUGAAGAACCAAAUCAACAUGUUUAGAUUAAAGAAGAGAGAUUAUUAUCCAUUUGAUUUGCAUAAAUGUAAAAUGUCAUAAUCUGUGUUAUCAUUAUUUUUAUCAUCCCAAUAAGGAAGUCAAAAAGCCUUUUGGUUUCAUUCCAGAGUCCUACCCAGGCCUCCUGUUUGUUGAACCCCUCUUUCUCACCAUCCCAAGCGUCCUCUCUGUGCCUGGAAACAAACACUCAGAGAGGAUGCUACCUCCAUCAUCAUGUUUUAAAGUGUUAGGUCUCUGACCAAGCUGCAGUAUUUAUUUGGAGUGUGAAAGUGUUGGCAUACACACCUCUCCCUCUCUCUAUCUCCGACACACACAUAGUUCAACAGGACCAGUUCAGACCGGUUUGCUGGCAUGGAAACUCGGCUGUGGAGGGUUAAAGAAAGAAAGUAGAAAAAUGAAAAAAAAGACUACAAAAAAGUACAAACACACAGAAACUAAAUAAAAAAAUUACAGCAGAUUUCCACUAAUGCCCCUGACCUGCUGAGCCCUCCACUUCAAGAGGCAGAGAGGCGCGCACAAAGGGAAAGACAGACAGACAAGGCAGAGAGAAAGCAGGAGGAAGUGAAAUAUACAUAUUUUUAACCUUUGUGGAGCUGCUGCUUGUGUAACUGAGUGUGAGUUGACAGUGCAGGAGCACAUUUAUAUUUACAGCAACAGCCAGGGUCAGGAGGUGCAGCAAGAAGGAGGGAGGGUUACACACUUUCUGUAAAUUUACACUGCCGAGCUGCUGCUGCUGCUGCCGAGCAGGUUCAGUGGGUUUGAUGCCUUGCUUAAGGGCACUUGCGUGUCGGUCUGGUGGUAGCAGAGUGGGAAAGUGGGAACAGUUGAGUUUCGACUUUGUAGUUCCACCUGUCAUGACACUUUUGAUUGAUGGCAUUGGUGUCUUGCUUACUGCUAUUCUGAAACAAGUUUUUCUCUUUUUUUUGUCGUGCUCUACUUUCUGCUUCACUUCCUGCUUUUACAGCAAGUGUUAUAUGAUGAUAGUUUUUAAAUCCUGCUUUUACAAGUUUUGCUUGUAAAAAAAAAAAAAAACAAAGACCGUCUGGAGGAUAGACUUUGGCAAAGCAAUAAACUUACUGUACUUAACCUUGGCCGACUGUUUCUGCCCAUAUGAUAAAGCAUGUGCUCCCCAUCUCUAUCAUGUUUAGUGUACAGGACACACUGUCCUGUAGGACACACUGUCCUGUACGCUAAAGAUCAUGGAUCAAAGGUUACACAUGGGGAGUGAGACUAGAAACAUACUGGAAAUGAGCCACUAAGUCUACAGUUACCAAAAGGAGCUUAUACACGUAUACAUUUACACCUUCAGGAGAAGACAGCAAGAAUCGAGACGUUUUAUUAGAAAAGGCUUUCGCUUUAUUGACUGAUAAAUGUCUCUUUGUUGAUUGGAAACAGAAAUGUAUAAGUCAGCAUUUUCUCUGGCAUGUAAUGCAGAAAAAGAUACAUCCUGAAAGGGACGGUGUUGAAUUUCUGCUGAUCUAAGCAUGCAGAAAGCCUGAGAAAUUCAAAUGUAUGAAUGCAAAGUAAAACGAGAAUUUGAAUAAUAAAUCUAAACGUCAAGUGCAAGCCUUAACUGUUGCUUGUGAUGAUGUAUUUUCAUGUUGUUGAACUGUACUGACACCAGUGUUUUUGUUGUGUUCGGCUCUUGAUGGCUGUGAAUGUCACAGGUGGCCCUAUAACUUUGUGCAGUCUUGUAUAAAGUUGAAAAGAGGCCGUGUCCUGGUAUUCCAGGGGGAUGAAUUGAACUCUGGACUGACUGUGUCCCUGUGUGUCUUUGCACAUAUUUGUGCAUAAUAUUUUCUGUACUGGGCAGCAGCCUCCAUAGUGAACCUUGUGGACACAGUAAACAUGAAUCAGAGAUUUCAAAAGAGCUUCAUGAUAAAGGCAGGAAGUUUUUAUAGACUUCUCCUCCUAGUGUGAGUUCAGUCAACAGAAUUUUUUGCUGGGCUGUUUUUCUCUGCGUGGUUAUCUCUUUUACCAUGGGUCAGUGGGUGGAUACUCUAUGUACAGUAUGUGAGAGUGUGUGUGCCAUAUGAUAGGACAGGUGGUAUGUGGACUUUAUGUUUGCAGUGUACAGCACAUGCAAUGUGAACUGUGAACUGGACACCGCGACCUACACCUCUGAGUACAGAGUGAAACACAUGCAGCAAACAUGGAACAGUCACCUAUAUAACGGCUCAUACUGGCCGUCCAAUUAAAAAGAGACAGAGUCAUGAUAUUUCUGUCAGAUUUAAACACAAGAUGCAUGUUAUUUGUCUGAUUUGCAUACAGCUGAGCAAGCAGUAAACACACCAGUCAAAGGACAUCUGGUAUUAACACCUUAUAGGGUUCAGUGGCUGACAGGAUUGCAGAGCUUUCUAUGGUUGUUUGAUAAUGCCUAGUGUAUUAAUCUCUUUCCUCUUUACCCGAAAAAAACCUCCUAAGGAAUAUAUGCUUUGCCUCUACAUUUACCAGACAGUUACUCAUCCUGUGUUUGGCUAGACGGGACCGCACCAUUGAGAGAGUGUAAGCGUGCUGGAAGGGAUGCGGUUGAGGUGUGGCCCCGCUACUGAAACUCUGCUUCAUAGCACCUCUGGUUGUUUAUUUCAGAUCUGAUUUAACUAAAAUGAUUCAUCUGAAAAGCAAGAGAAGCAAAUAGUUUCCCUUAGAAAAGUCACUCAGAGCCAAACCAGUAAGUUUGCCAUCAGAGAAAAACAAAAUGUUACCAUGACAUUAAAAAAUAAGUUCUUAAAACUAUAUGUUAACAUGUUCGUACAGCUGAAACCUCACUGAAGUGGAUGUCUCUAAGUAGAGACGAACGUUCUUGGAUUUUCUCUUGCAUGUAAAUGUCUUCAUAGGUUCAGACCUAGUCUGUGUUCAGCCCAGGCUUCACAGUUUGCUCACCAGGCCUAUACUAAAAGUUGAAAAGUAUAAAUACGUCAAGACAUACUGUGCAUUUCAUUUGUAUCACGAGUCAAGAGUACAUAUUAGAGACAGAGCGAUUAAACAGCUGAAAGUAUGCUUUCUUUGUACUGUGUCUAAAAUAAGAAUAAUUAUAAAAACAAACUUGUUUGCGGCGGCAGAUCUUUUUUAAAACUGUACUCAUAAAUGUGAAAUUUCACACAGUGUUCCCCCCCCCCAGAACGGGGACUUUUUUAGUGGUUCAAAGUGUCCAAUAAAUAAAUGUAGGCCCUCUACUGGGUGUGAGGAGGGAAUUUUUUUAAGUUCUUUGACCGCAUGAACUUUCAGAGCACUAGAGGCGAUGGAAGUGUGACUUAAGAUUUGCCUUCAGACUCUGGAUAAGGAUAUUUGCAUCAAGGUUUGCCAAAGCAAAACUCAUAUAUAUAUUAAGAUUGAGAAGAUUACAUGUAUCACUGGUUAAGAUCCCUGACCACUGCUGCAAAACCUGCACCCAUAAUUAUAACCGUCGCACACAUGCAGCCCCUGAGGCCUGUCAGUGGUGUAACUUACUGUUCCUACCUUUGGCCAUAUCUCUCCUCAGCCCCCCCCUCCUGCAGGCUGUUUGUGGCAGCAUUUGCUGCAUUAAAAAUGAGAGCUGCUUGGCUCGGAGCUACCAUAUCGGCUACCUUCUUUUCUCCCUGCGCUCUAAUCUUGUGUAAACACAGAAAUCAGCUCCCAGCUCGCUCUGGCAGAUGCAGGCCAGCAGUGAUGUCCCACUGCGAUACAUCCCUCUAAAGCCCGGAUUAAAAGUUUGCAGGCACAGGGCGUUUUAGGGGAGGGGAGUUUAUGUAGGAGUAGAGGAGAGGGGGCAGCUGUCAUCUCUUGUGUAUUUAUACCUGAGAAAACAGAAAGAGAGAUUGAACUAAGUCUGUUGUCUGUUAGAAUCCAGAUGGUUUGAAUGGAUGUGGUCAGACUUUGCAAAAACAAAGCAAUAAUUGUUCAGGAGGAACAAAUGUUGGCAAUGCACCAAGCUGAAGAAGAAAUGAGAGUCUAUUUUUGCCUUAAUAGGAAGGUAAAAGUGCUUUAAAGUAUUUUUCCAAAACUCAAGAAGAAGAAGAAGAAGAAGAGAAAAGUGAGAGAGGGAGACAGGCCUCCUGAAAGAGAGACAAAGAUAAAGUGGAAUAAAGAGAUGGAAAGAAAAAGAUAUCUACACUGCGCUGAAAGAGGAACAGUGUGAUGUGACCCAUGUCCAGCUCCGUGUACGCAUAAAAGCAUCUGUCUUCAAAGACAUAUUUUAUGUAUGUGUUUGUGUGUGUGAGUGUGAGUGUGUGUGUCUAUCUGCGUCUGUCGCUGUCUGUGUGUAUCUGUGUCUGUGAAUGAUCUAUGGUUUGUGUUUACCGUGCCAUAUUUCGGCCUGGCCUGCCGUCACCGACGUAUGAAUGAUAAAUUGCGGAUGUCCAUCGGAUUCACCCGAGCACCUGUGGUCCCUCGCUCCCCCGGCCGUGUGGCAGGAGAGCAGAAAUAAUAAAUAAAUAAGCAAAGUAAGAGAUAAACACAAAGGCCUCUGAGGGAUGGGACCUUUUUUUCCCCUCUUCAGACACAGACUUUUUCUUACUCCUGUUUCUGCCUGUGUUAAAUUUCAUCUGAUGUGGUCACUUUAAUCCAUCUCUGACCUCUUUGACCAAACAUUUCCUAAACUAAUAAAGCUUCUUUCUUCAUCAGCUCUACUUUGAGAAGUUUUUGCAUCGUGACGCUAGAGUAGAAGUGAUAAAAAGUUGCUCUAAACCACUCAUUAAUCUGCUGGUUGUUUUUAUCCACUUUUUCCUCUCUUUCUCCUUCUCUUUCCAUCUCGCCUGCCCCCUUCACUCCUGAUAAUCUCUCACCCUAAUCACAGGGGAAAGCCCUUGGACACUUACUCAUCAGUUUAUCUGCUAACUGCUGUUAUCAGGUUGUUUAACUGUAGACAGGAGAUAUAUCUGCUUCUUUGUGGAGCAGCAGGUUAUUGUCAGACAGGUGGAUGGAUAUUAUAUAGACACUCGCUGAGAUAAGGUAAUCACUACCAGGAACAAAGGUUUCAUAAUCAAGGAGAGUCUUGUUUUAGAAGCAGGGAAAGAGUGUGUUAUAGGUGUACUUGUUAUAUUUUAACUGGGGUGUGCGCCUUUAAAUUAAGCUGUUUUCACAUGUGCUCACAUAAAAAUUUCCAGACAAUUUCAGGACAGCUUGCCUGGUAAUUUUGCCUUUUUACACGUCUGUUGACAAGAUAUCCAAGAUGGCGAGUCUGACGCUAUAACGACAGCGUUUGCAUUUGUGUAUUUGUCGACUACAUCAAAAACAGCAGAGAAGAGUCUGAGGCUGCUUCAUUGUGUUUGUGAACAAAAAAAAGCAUGCGCUGUCUUGUUUUGUAUGAAGCAAAAUCAAGUUUGUGAAAUGCUAACACUAAACUUGAACAAAAUGUUUGUAUGUAUUGUGAAUGUGCCAAGAUGGUGGGCUUUCGGUUUACAUCCACACAACUCUAUUAGGUGUAAGUGAGUGUUAACUAGGAAACUUCAAUGUACUUCAUCACAACGUCGAAUAAGACCUUCAUUAAGAUGUGACUCCUCUUAACCUAACCCCAUCUACAAAUUUCUGCUUUCACUUUGUACAACACAGGAGUUGUUGGUCUACCUCUGCCUCAAUCUGUGUGUGUUUUGAGUAUUUUUAAUGCUCUGUGUACAUCCAACAGAAUAUGAUAUACAGUUACAGAAAAGACUAACUGAGUGAGGCAGAGGUACACUGCAGCUCCUGGAGUGUGGGAGAUUAAAAAACGUGAUUUUUUUUAAUGGAGUUUGGUGGCAUCCACUUUCUCAUUUACACAAAGCAGCUUGCUGUUUUACUUUCAGGCUCGUGGAUGCAUAGAUAAUUUUUUUGCCCAGUAAUCUGUGUUAAUUUCAUGUGUUGGAUAUGUAUACGAGCUGAUUCAGAUCAUAAUAUGAGUGUGACUAUGAGCAGAUGAGGAGGGUCACACUCUUGAUUAAUCUCUGAUGGAGAGAUCUAAAUCGUCUGCACAUAAGCACACCUUUCUCUUCUCACGCUCCUCUGUACAUCCACCUCCCUCCCUGCUAUGACGGCAUGUUUGUGUUUGAUUUUAAACAAAGUAUCUGCAGACUCCGAUGUCUGCGUUAUGUUUUGCAGAAAUAACUUGUCAGCUCUGUCUUUGCCCUCGUGACACGUCCAGCCCUCUCGCUCUGCAUCCGUGUCUGUGUGUUUUCUUGUCUGUCGUCGCACAUGGCUGCACUCUGUUGACCACAGAAGCCUUCAGAGCAUCACAACCCAUCCUCCUCCUCCUCCUUCUGUUUCUCCUCCUCCACUUUUUGGUUUCUGUCUCAAUUUCUCCUUGUUGUUUCUCCUUUCAGUCUCUCUCCCCCCCGUUUUCUCCCCCUCUCUCUUUGCUGUGUUUGUGUUUUCUCGGCCUGCUUGUCUCAGUAACAGUAAAUACCCUUGCUACCUGACACAGAUCCACCUUUCUACUUGACCGCGCACACAGAGGAGGGCAGCUGUGUGUGUGUGUGUGUGUGUGUGUGUGUGCAUGCGAGUGAAAUAGUGUAGUCUCCAGUGACCCUCUGCCCUCUGGUUUAAAGGACUGAGUGAACACACACACGGGAACCCGCUCACACACACUUUCCCCCAAGCAACCCCCUUCUCUGAGAUAAAACACAGGUUUAAUCUUUGACACUGUGUCCAAACUGGCCUCUUUGCAGGUGAGGAGAGCCUCCUGGGGAGAGUGUGUGUGCCUGUAUGUGUGUGAAACUGUUAGUUUCGGCCUGACCUAAAUGUGGAGGACAAUAGCCUGGAGGCUGUGUGUGUGUGUGUGUGUGUGUGUGUGUGUGUGUGUGUGUGUGUGUUUGUGUGUGUAUACAGUAUGUGGUGUCUUCUUUACUGCCUCUGUGUGUUGGUGUGUUCCUGUUUUUCAGUCUGCCUCCACACUCUCAGCCACGAUCUUUUCCUAAGUCGUGACGCAACUGUGUCACAUAUUGACUUUUAAUUGGACUCUUUAUAAAGAAGAUGGUGUGAGAUAAACACACCCGUUACCCUGCCGUGAGAGAAAGAAACAGGUUGGCAACUACUUUAAGGGAUAUCUAGUUUUGCAGAAAGAUGGAUUUUAUUUGAGACAUCUUCCCUCUUUUCGAUAAAAUAGCGCUUUAUGGCAUAAGAAUGUAUAUAUAUAUAUAUAUUUAAACAAAUGUCACUAAUGUCCUCCUCCUCUGGUCAAACACAGAGCACACUGUCAACACUUCUCAUUGAGGCUGUCGUCUGCAGGAAGUACUCCAAUUAAAAAACGUUCUCUCUCUCUGUUGUAUUCACAAGUAACGCGUUUCUAGAAAGACAAUUCCUGCCAAUGUACUAUUUUUUUUUUACUCUGUACACACCACAAAAGACAUCUGAUGUACUUCCAUAGAACUGCAGCGCAGACAGGAAUAGAUAUCCCAGAAUAUGGUUAAGUAAAACCACAACUAACUGCUCGGUUUGAUUUCUAUAGAGAUAAGUGAGGAAGAUGGGUUUUGGGGUGAAGUGAGCCUCUGAAGAGCUGUGAAACUCCUUUACAGAGAACUUUUAUUAGUAAGGAGAGUUUUAUUGCUCGAGACUAGCACUUUAUAAUGCAAUAUAAUCCAUAUUCUUUACAUGGUGGUGUUUAAGUAUGCAUUUGGUGGCAGGAGCCCAUCUUGGGUAGGAAUCUGCAAGUCACUGGUUAAAACCCUGUAACAGACUGAGUUUGGUUACUGGGCUGGAGAGAUCCCAGUUUACCUCCUACACACUGCUCCAGUGUACUUCAGCAAGGACCAAACCACCAAAUGCUCAGGCUACUCUAUCAUGGGUAUCCCCCUUUACGGUUUAUGUAUGUUUGAGUUAAUUUCGGCCUAUGUGCAUGUUUCACUGGAUUGUAAAAACUGAAUUACUCACAAGAGGAUGAAUAAAAUUAGGGUGACCAUACGUCCUCUUUUACCUGGACAUGUCCUCUUUUUGGGGGCUGUCCGGGCGUUCUGGGCUUGCCCGGCUUUGUCUGGGGAAGUUUAUAGAAUCCUUCAAAUGUGUGCGGUUUGGUACGCAAGUUUCUAUUUUGUGUCACGUGGGCUUACUGAGUGAGAAGCGUGUAAAAGACACUCAAUCCGACCCGAAAAACUCUCAAAUUAACUUUGUGCAACUCCGUGAUGCCGCCCCCGCAUAGUCGUAUCCUCUUUUUAGGAAGUCAGAAUAUGGUCACCCUAAAUAAAAUACUGUCAAAUUUAGGGCAGGAGAUGCACUUUUUUCUACUUUUACCUUUAACGUCAUCGAAAAAGUGAUUGUCCUGUGAACCAAAAUCUUUCAUUCUAAUUUAGACCGAAUUGAACCAUAAAUGCCGCCAUAAGCUGAGCUCAACUACUUUACAAGCUGAUAGAGUGGCAAUAAUAGAUGGUACAACAUAAAAGAGUUACACAUCUGCAUGGAAACAGCACAUUGCUGAAAUCUUUGAGCAGGAACACCAUCUUUACGCUGCAUCGUAACAGGAUCUUUUAAGGUUUCCUGCAGUCCUGGAUUCUAGUAUUUGAUCACAGUACAACAGCAGCACCCUGGAAAAUGUGUAACCUCCUUUUAUUGAGUAUGCCUUAUUUCUUCCUUCAACAGUGCAUAAAAUCAAGAGAAUUAAGCCUUUUGCCAAGCAAUUUGCAUAAUUUCAUAUUUGUGGUGUAUAUCUGAACGCCUGUGAUCACCAGGAGAUAUGAUAAUGCUUCAGUGAAAUGUUUAGGCCAUGUUUGGUUAUAUUUUAUUGCGUCGUUUUCAUAGCGCACAGACGCCAAGGUCUGUGUGAUGUGCAUGGGUGCUUUUCAAUAAAAUUACUCCGAAUAACUUUACAUAAGCACCAAAUAAAGUUAGUUUCAUUUUCAGUUCUGUUUACACGCUCACUGUCUCGCGCUCGCCCACACAGUUCACUCUCCCUGCCUCUGUCUGUCCAGUUCUGUCUUUUUCUCUCGCUGUUUCCAGACCAUUAUCAUACUAAUUCAAUUAUUAUCUCUUCAUGUAGAGAUUAUGUAUGCCGGGCAGAGUUUGACCUGUGUGCUGUAGGUUUAAAAAGAGGAUAACCUUGUUCAGACUGCAUGCAAAGCUGGUUCAACAUGCAUCACAGGGAGAGUCAGACAGGGACAAAGAGACAGGAUUCAAGACUAAUAUUUCCAAAUAAAAUCACGUCCCCUUUUGACCAUUCUUAUCAGCCGAGUGAUGGCUGUAUUCAGAUGUAAAAAACAUACAAAAGGAUGGGGAUAAUGUGGGCUAAAACGUUGGUGUCUCACUACCUAAGUUACAUUUAAAACUUCUCACUUGAUAAGAUCAUUUGUUGGACUGUCAGAAGCCGGAGCAGACCGGUUCCACCCCAGAAAAUCAGUCCUGCCGGCCGAAUCUUUGCUGUAAUAGAUGCUCAGAGAUUGUGUUUUGUGCCCCUGGCUUGUUAAAAAAAAUCUCUGAAUUCUUGUGUUUGUGGCUGCGCUCUGUGAUGAUGAGGAUGUUUCAAAUGGAGAUAUUGACCUUUUAGGAAUAUUUACCAUGUAAUGCAAUUAUACCACUAAUGGAUUUGGCCCACUGAUCUUUUUAUGCACUGUGUCAGCGGGCCAGUAAAACAUUGCUGGCUUUAUUGCAAUACAGACACACACACACAGAGAAGCACACACACCAUGCAGACCAGUUUGGCCCUGUGCUCAUUUGCGUGUGUAUGUUCAACAUCUAUAAUCCUCCCUCCCUUGUGCAAUCACACACACAGGCUCAAACGCACAUGCAUGCGUCCACACAGACAUACACACACACAGUCACUCACACACACACAUGCACGCCAGACCCCUCAUGAGUGUGUGUCUGCCAAGUCGGACGGCAGGCUGCCAGAAAAAAAGGGGGCUGUGAUUGGGGUGAGGGCUCAUCUGCUGGUGUUAGCCAGCUAUAGCCACACACACUGACACACAAAAACACACACACAAAUACUGACCCAGCGCCCACUAAGAUUAACAAGGUUAAUUAACUCAACAUGGCCCCCAACCCUGGCUACAGUAGAGGGCCGCCGGUCUCAGGCCGAGGUUACAACAGUGCUAGCUGUUAGCGUGUUGAAUACUAAUGUUUUUAGCCAGUGGGGUCAGAUUGGUGUUGAACUAAAGUCUGGUGCUAAUGAGCUACAUUAGAAAGACGCUGUAUAAUGUAAGUACAGUCAGAGCUCAGACUGACAGGCCAGUUGUAUGUCUUAUUUUAGCUUUUCACAGAUUCAUCAGAACUGGCACAGACUCUGCAGUUUAGCCUCAAAAAUACUGCAGGACAGAAAUUCAUCCAGUGACAAUGAAAAGUGGGGAAUUAAAAUGUUGCACUUGAAAAUCAGAGAGGUGUUUACAUACAGAAGAAAAUAGUGUUCAUGCUUUUAAUUCUGUACAUAGACUUUUUCAUCCAUCCACAACCAUCUAAAGAUGAUUGUUUUACAACUGCACCAGAGUAUUGGGCGUCAGGUUGAAUAAAAGCUAAAGUUUGUAUGGGCUUGGUUACAACAUGAAUAUUUGCAUUGGAUUUUUACACCAUGUUAAAAAAGGUAAGGGCAGGACAAAAUCAAUUCUAUGGUUUUGCAGGAUAGGGAUUGUAGGGGCAUAUUUAAAAUCUUUUAUUUUACUUAAUUUUAUCUGCAGUUCAUUUUGUAUUGAUAGGAAAAUACUUACUGGAUUCAAAAUUCUCACUGCCCUUCAGAGUCUAAGUCAAGCCAUAAACCCAAGUGCUAAAAAACUGCUGUUCCCACACUGUCCACAUGAGGCUGACCCCAGAAGUGAAGAAAACCCCAGUAACCCAAUUUAAACGGUCCUUUUUGUACGUCAGAAUUAAACCUGUUUACAGCCUGGAACAAAAACGGUUCCGGUCUAAAAAACUCAUUCUUGUUCGUAAACACUAUUAAGGGGUAGUAUUUUUUUGUAUUUUUAUCACUUUGAAGGUAUUGAGACUAUGACUGUGUCCAAAAUGGAUCCCUAACCCCUAUAUAGGUGACUGUAUGGGGGUUAGUGCCAUUUUGAGGGGUGUCCGAAACCUGAGUGAUCAAUUCCAAUGCCCCAUAUAGGUGACUCAAAAUUUCCCAUAAAGCAUUGCAAAAUGACGUGACCAUCCGAUGGUCACUCACUGGUGGUGGGCAUCCCGUCAUGCAUUGCGUCUUGCCAUGUAGUGUCCGAAACCUCCAGUGACUGAGCUCACGACAUAGUCAUCUAUCUAGUGAAACCCCAUAUGGGGGUUAGGGGUUAGGGAUUGAGUGAUUCAUUUUGGACACAGCACAAGACUAUGUAGAUGUGGUGUAGAUCUUUGGUAGGAGGCCUGAGGUUGCCCCCACCUCUGUCUCUCUGCUUGUUUCUAGGUUGACCAAAAUUGAGGUUGAGUCAGCGUUUCCAGUAUGGCAAACGCCGCCUUUUGGCUUAAAAAGACUUCUUCAGAAACCAAUAAGUAAUGCCACUGAAACUCAACCCAUCCAUUUUUAUUCAAGUCUACAGUGUAGGACUCACUUCCAGGUACUACAUGAGUGUAUUUGUCUCACCGUGAAACAUCUCAAAACUGGAGUGGAGUGGUUUUCUCUGUGUCCUUCAAACUCAUCGCAAAGACCAGUCAUAGACCCGACUCCAAACACCUGGCCUGCAUACAUCGGUCACUUCCUCAUUUACACUUGCACACACACAUGCACACACUCACACAUCUGGCUUCGGGCUUGACAAAAACAGGUAGUGAGAAAUCUGAAUGGCUGUUGAGGCGAAACGUGUCUGUCUGUGAUGGGAUUGAUUUGGCCAUGAUUUGUAUAUGAAUGAGCGUAUCUGUGUCUGUGCAAGUCUGUCUGUAAUCUCUCCUCUGUGUGUGAGUCAUAGUGGUUUGUGUUGUUGUGCGCUCUCGUCGUCUAGUCUAAAUAUACCAGCAGACCAUGAGAAAGAUUCUCUCCAUUUCUUUUCUCUGUGGCCACCAGCCUCCUGACACAUAUUGCCACUUUGUUGCAGCCUUUCACUCCUGAUAUUACACCAUUUGUGAGCAGAAGAGGUUUAAAUAGGAGCCAUUUUAAGACCAGACUCUGCAUUUACAGAGCCGUGAUGGCCGUCAGGGCUUUUGCAGAGAUAUGCGGGACGUGCUGCUGCCUUGUCGAGACCUUGAGGCACUUUAAAUGGAGAGAGGAGGAAGAAAAGGAGGUGGUAGGAGGUUAUACAUAAGCCUGUAUCAGCCGGGCAGAGAGCGACAGUUUGGGAGAGGAUGACAGAGAAAAGAGAGAGUGAUAUACAGACACGCACACAGACAAAAGAGGAAGGGCAGAUGGUAAAAAGAGAGGAUGAGAUGUGUGAAAAGCAACAGUUAGCCUGUGUCUUCACUGUGUGCCAGUCUGGCCAGAAUAUGGCAAGCUUUUUACACUUUCCUUCAUCUGACACUCUCCCUCUUUCGCACUUCUUCACAAAAACUACUCAACGACACGGCGUCAGUUACACAAGACUGGGGUUAAAUAGCUUUUUAAAGACGUUUAACACCAGAUCAGAGCCAGAAACACAAGCUGAGAUCACAUCAGAGCUUCAGUGUCUCAGAAGGCUGUUUAUAGCUUACCAUGCCAUUGUUUCAAUCCAAGGAUAAAAUCAUUUUAAUGGUUUUAAACAUCAUACCAAAAAAGUUGUUAAUAUGGCAGCUAGUUGCCCAAACUCUCAAACAAUGAUGAAACAUGUGGCCUUAUAGGUUCAUUUGAAUUUCCUGUGAGGAGUUUUUAAGUACUUCUGAAACAGACUGAAAACAACAGGGAUAUAUCUUUAUGACCUUAAGAGCAGACAAGACCAUUAGAAACAGGACUGAGCUCUUAUGUGAGCUAAUUGUCAACACCUGAAGCAGGGUGAGGGGGUAAGUUUUGUGUGAGACAUUGAGACACUGAAGGAAAAGCCUCAUUUUUCACUUUCCACAGAAAUUAUUCAUCGUAAGUGAAACAUUGGUAACACUUUACUUGACGCCUAUCUCUAUAACACAUUAUAAUUAUAUAUGUAUUUUAAUAUAAUUUUGUACAUGCACAUCAACUGAUAAAACAGCUGAUGUAAGCAGCAGGUAGAAUAAAGGAGGGAAACACUCCUAACUGUCACCCACUACACUUGCUGGGCAUUAUUCAGACUUCUACCUGCUGCAUCCUCACACCCGCUCCACCUAGACUUCUUGCAGGAAUGUUACCUGGAGUUUGUCAGGCAAAAGUCGGGAUAAGUCGAGGGGAAGAUGCAGUUGUGGGUGUUCACACAUGCAUCUCUCUUGGUGAAAGUCAGGACAUUUUUGGGAGUUUUGUUCAUAAGUGAAAGGGGCUUUUGUUUGACCACAAUGCCACCACUCACCCUUGUUUAAAGAGAAUUUAAAGAGUGUAAAAGAGAAAAGCAUUAAGAUAUGCAGACAUAGCUGCUGUAUUUGAUGGUUGUAGUGUGAGAACUGCUCGUGACUCAAUGGACUGAAUAAGAAAUGUUAUAAUAGGCCUGCGGUGCUCCAGGAAUAGAGUGUUUUAUUCUUGUCAACCAGUCCAGCAGUUAAGUAAUGUGACCUGUUUCAAGCAUCAGGAUGGACAGACUCUCAUUAUUCCACAGUUUACACAUUAGAAUAAUACAGGCCAAGUUAAAGAGCAUCUCCUGCAGAGCACUUCUCUUUCUCUCUGCUAGACAAAAAGUUCAGACCGGACUCAGAGUGUGGUUAGUUGUUUUUCUUCUCCCUGCACUACUUAAGAUAAGCAUUCAGGAUAUGUUCCUUUAACCCAUAUGACCCUGACAGACAGCACCAAUCCUAAUCCCACACACACUCACACACACACACACACAUGCAUGUCCUCGUCCCCUCUGGCUCUUCCUCCUUCUAUAGGUAGACGUAUAGGGAGGUAAAGGAGUGGAGUGAGGGGGGGAGUCGGGACACAUUUUUUGGCAGUGGUUAGUAGGCAACAUACAUUAUAUACACGCACACACACACACACACGCACACAUGCGGAGCUAUGUUUCAACUUGAUUUACAGUGCUCAGCUGCAGCGAAUGAGAGAGCGAGAGAGAGACACAGAGAGAGGGAGAGAGAUUGGGGAGUAUAUUUUACAGGUAGCAGAUCUGGGAGAAGAAGACAUAUAGUGAUUGUAUAACUGUAUUAAACAGAAGUGGCGCAAGAGUUUAUCGGGCCCUACAGUGGCCUGCCUACAGGGAAAAGUGUGGUUUUUGCUCAGGAAAUAUGAAAAUGUGUACCUCACACAUGACUUUAUGUGCCUCACAAAAAACACAGGUUAAGUGUUAGGAAAUGGCAGACAAUGAGGGUUAUUUCAUAGAAAUAGUGAAAUACAAAUUCCAGCGUGAUAAGCUUUUUAAAACAGCUUUGCAUGCUUUUCUUCUGGAGCUGAUUUUGUGAUUUCCAGGGUUUAGUUUGGGGCUUUUACACCUUUGUUUGGAAAGGAUAGGACACCAAGUAGAGUGGAAAACUAAGAGAGAAAGUUGAACCCAGGCCUUCUUUGAGGAAUACAGCCCCUUUCACAAGCUUAACCGCUACGCCAAACUAGCAUUGGUAAUUCUUAGAGAUUUAAAAAAUAGAUAUAUAUUCCAUAUGUAAAAGAGAUUUAUAUAGUCAUUGUUUUACAUAGAGGCAGUGUGAGGAGUUUUUCAGUGGUUGAAACAAGGCUGAUAUUAACAUUGAUGCCUUCAAAAGAGACCAUCAGCAGCAAGGAUGAUCAUUUCUCUGUUGUAUUUUUAAUUUCAAAGUCACUGUGAGGAAGUAGGUGUCAGAGGACAUGAUUGAUAUGAACAAACAGCCUUUUUUCUUGCCAAUGAUAAAUACUCUAAGUGACUGAUGCAUUUUAGUUUUAAAGAGACCAGGAUGAAGUUUUUGCCUAAAACGCCCCUUUCACAUGUGAUUAGAAUUAUAAAUGUGUCCACAGGGGGCACCAAAAUCAACACAUACUUAAAGUUCCACACAGUGACUUUAAGAUAUUCAUUACAAAUAUAUUACAUUUUGAAAAAAAGUUUCCUAUAUAAACAAAGAGACAUUUUUUAACAAGACUCUUGAUUGUCCUUUGAAUAUCCAUAUAAUUGUAUGCAAAAUUUUAAUACACAAUGUGGACUUCCAAUGAUUUAGCUCUGCAAAUCCUUUAAAAAAGUCCUUAAUGGGUUAAUAAAGAAGGUCUCAUAAGUAUCACUUUGUCUUGGGAUGAACUACAAAACUCAAAGUGAAAGUACCCUCAAUGAGACUCCUGUAUGUCUUCAGCUGAAACAUUACUAAUGCAGAGUGAGAGCAGAUUAUCCAGACUGAUAGAGACGACAUUUAGACAUGUCAUGACAGGUAAAUCACAGGUGGCCCUGAUCACUGUUAUAUAAAGUACAUACCAUUCAGGUGAGUCGUAGCUGCUGACAGAGUGGACAAUAAAUUGAACUGAGCCACCCUAAUGGAAAAACUCUUACACAGUUAAAAUGACUAAAUUACAGUGCAAAACAAUAAUCAGUCGAUAUUUUUGUGAGGAAAUUGUUGAUAUUAAUGUUUCUUAAUGUUAUUUUUUAGUGCAGUGAGUGACAAAAUGCCAGAGAUGGAUGUUUCAGAACCUUCACAGCUCCUUUUUUUCUGUUUGGAUGAAGCAGUCUUUCCAUCAUAAGUCAUAACUCUUGCAUCACCAGGCUUGCGUGCAGGCUGAUAUUGUCCCUGAGACACAGUGAAAACGCUGUGCAAAGAGCAUUCACAGCACACAGUUCAAUCAGACAGUUUGCAACAUGAUGACCGACUGUAUGACUCAGGUCUGAGAAAGUAAAAAUUAAAUAAUGAUGAGAUGCAAAUCUGUACAUGUCUUCACUUCGGCUCUUCAGACCUGCAACUGUCAUACACUCCAUACACAUGUCCUAGUAUUGCAGUAACUGGUGCAUCUUUUGUAAGGUGAAACUUAUAUUAUUGUCAAUGAAGUUUAAGGGGGGAGUGAUAUAGUAGUGUUUCUGGUUUCACAGGUCUGUCUCUGGGGUGACACUCUGCACUCUAACCACCGCCUGACUUUUAACGUAAAUUUCUUUUAAAACUAAAAAUUCUUUAGAAUUUUUAACACACCCACAUCAUUGCAAGUGUAUUUAUCAAACUGUCAAGUUAAAAUAUCCCCUGGCACAAUUUCAAAACCUGUUUCAGACUCAAAUUAUGGAAAAACAAAUAAAUAAAUAAAAAGUGAUAAUAAUGAUAAUAUUAAAAAAAAGACAGGAAGAAGGCCCAGUUUUAAUCACACUUAUCAAUCAAGUAAGAUAACCCAUAAUUUUGCUUGCCAGCUUGACAGUAACUUUAAAGUGUGCAGAUUUCUUGAACAUAACCACACUGUUUUGUGUCCGUAAAUGCACUAAACGCUCAUCUUGUUUUUGUUGUUUCAUAUAAAUUUGUUUGCUGGCUGCACCGGCAAAUAUGUUUGCUUUAAGUGCAGAAUUUUCUUUGGUCAGUUGUACUCACAUUAAGCGUAAUCACGUUGCCUUUUUUGGCAGUCGUCAGCCAUAUGGACCUGAUAAGAUUUGAGUUUUUUCAUGGAGCUUUAAGAGAGAGAGAGAGAAAUAUACCUUUAUUAGUCCCACAGGGGGGAAAUUCUGAAAGCAGAUUAGCAUCGCCCUGGAACAAAACGUUCCUAAAGCAAAUAAGUAAAAUAAUACAAAGUGUUAUUGUAUUUUUCUGGUUGAUUUAGACACUAAUAUUUGUACAAAUAGGAAACAAAAACAGAUUAGUCAUUGACGGUAAUGCUAGUUUAUGCAGUGUGUAGAUGUCUUAUAUGUUACAAUGUGUAGGCUCGUCUUGAUUGUCACAUUUCUUCUUAUUCUGUCUACAUUUAACAGGUGAUGUGUCCCUCUUUAAUUGCUUUAGUGACGUCACCAUCAAUACUUGCACGUCAUGAUCAUGUCUGCAUUGUUCCCAUGCAGUUUUGUGGUGUGAGAGAGCAGCUGAGAAGUGAUUUUUGGGUCAGUUUAUCACUUCUCGAGUAUGUUUUCCCUUACACAUAAAGGCAGUAGUGAAGGUAAGAUAAUGCAAAAGCAGGAACAAUGAUGCUGUGGUGAAUUAUGAUGAUGGUGUAGCCGCUGUGAGGUUCUGCAGGGUUCAGACCAGCAAAUACUGGCAGCUUUUCGUAAUGGGCUGAGUGACCUUCUCAUCAGGAAACAUUUUUUUAAAAGAUUGCCCACCAGCUGUUAUGAAUAUGAUGGCCUUCUGGGUUAUUAAGAGCUAAUGAGGAGGAGAGCUACCUUAAAUAUGAGGAGUGUGUGUGUGUGUGUCAGGUCCCAGGGGUGCCUGAAUGUUUCCUCUUUCUUUUUUACCCUUCUUUUUUCUCUCUCUCUCUCUCUUCUUUAUCACAGGGGCAUAAAAAUGCUGCAGAAGUGCUGAAUGGUGUGUUGUAAAUGCUGAAGAUAGCCGAGUGAAGAGUAGACGUGUGUGUGGUUAAAUUAACUACACACUGUAUGAUUUUUAUAUUUUGUCUUUUUUUAACCACCGUCUGUUGUAAGACACAGGAAAAAGAGGGAGGAGAAGGUUGUGAAAGGAUGAAAGGAGGACUGGUAAUUAACAGGUAUGCCAUCUCCUUCUAGGAAAAAGUUGCGUCAGUGCAUAUUCGGCCUUAAAUCUUGUCUGGACCUGACCCGACAUGAGUCCCAGCGCUCUCUUUCUGCGAGAAGCGGACCGUGUUUACCCUGGAACCGAAGCUCUUUCCUCCCUGUUAAGAGCCUCUGCAGUCCCACUGCCUGUGCCCAAAUCUCAGGGUUAAAAAAAACAAAACAUUUAACUUUUACAUGUAACUAUGACAGAAACUGAGGGUGACAUACCAUACAACAGAUUUAAAAACAACGUUUACAAUCCUGUGCUAUAUUCAUGAUAUACUACAUAUCCCAUAUCAAUAACAAUACAACAAUGAUAACAACAACAAAAGACAACGUAAGCUAUAAUCACCAGUAUAGUUUACUGCAAUAAAGAUAUGAUACAAUACAGUACAAUAUGGCAAUAUGCAAAAUAAAGCAAACUACAAUAUAAUCAGUGAAGUGCAUAUACAACACCAUAUGGUAUGGUACAGUACAAUACACUAAGGCUACGUUCACACUGCAGGUUUUGAUGCACAAUUCAAAUUUUUUGUUAAAUCCGAUCUUUUUGUGCGGUCGUUCACAUUACAACAACGAAUGCGGCAUCUAACGCGUCCGUGAAGUGACCCACAUGUGCACAAAGCACAAAUUGCUUUCCGCGCCUGUUUGUGUUGUCGAACAAUGGUGACGUUUGUCGCAUAUUGAUGAUGUAUAGGUCGGAUGAACGCGACCUGAGCGUCCUCACUGCAGUCACAUCAGAUACAUACAUAUAUGAUGUAUAUCCACAUACAAAAGAGGCCUGGGUCAGAUUUUAAAAAAAAAUCCGAAUUGCACUGUUCACACUUACAUGAAAAAAUAAAAUAUGUGUCACAUAUGGUUAAAAAAUCGGAAUUGACCUGCAGUGUGAACAUAGCCUAAUAUAGGAUAGGAUAGGAUACGCUAUGAUACAGCAGGAUGGGAUAUGUAACACUUAAUCUACGAUGAUAUUGAAUCAAAGAAUUCUGCAAUUAUCAGUUUACCACAAGAAAAUUAUACAACAAAACACAAUGAUGAAAAACUUUGUUCUUUUUUUUUUUUCUUUUUUUUUCUAUUGGAAUAUCUACAGUAUAUCUAUAUAAAAAGUCAGGCCAAUGAUGUAACACUUUAUCAAUACCUGCCGCUGUAAGCCCCUAGAUAUUUUAUCCUGUUUGAUUUUCUCUUCAAAGUCCACAAACUCAAUAGUCUAAAUGUUGUGAAAGUGUUGAAAAGCGGAGGUAAGUUCUGUAAAAUAGUGAGUCACAGCUGGAGAAAAGUCCUCUUUGUUACUUACUGCACACCCUCUUCACUUUGUCAGAAAGCAACAUGUGGACACUCCUCCACCUUUAUCUCAAGGGGGGAGUAUGGUUUCUCAAUUAUCCCUGUUUGGCUAUCCCCUUCCGACCUGUGGCUGUAUUUACGCGAACGCCCAUUUUAUCCAUGGCUUUUAAUGGCAUAUAAAAAAAUCACUUCCCCAUCAAAAUGCCCUCUCCUAAUAGCUUUUCAGAGUUGUUUGGGAGCUGUUUGGGUUUGGUCAUUAGUGGACCGUGAGUGUGUGUGUGCGUGUGUGUGUGUGUGCAUUUUGGACCCGGCUAAGAGGCGCUGCUGGGUCGUCCUAGGUGGGGAAGAGGCUGGUGUGUGUGAGAGUAUAUAUGGAGGAGGGGUAGUAAGGGUGCAUGCAUGCUGUGCCCAUAAGGGUGGGGUUGGUGAGGGUUUGGGAGUGUGUGUGGUGCAGCACUUAGGCCAUGCUGGGCCUGAUGGGAAUGCCAGGCCCCCACACCACUUCCCAAAUCACUAAUGGAGCAUCUUUGGGCACACGAACAAACACACAAACACACACACAACUUUCACAUACAUGUGGACUCUGACUCAGACUUAAGUCAAGAACACACUGUUCAGUUCAUUCCAAGUAAGAAAGAGAUGACAAACAGGCUCAUGAAAGGCUAAGAUCAGGCAUGUGACACCUUCCGCUCUUGAACCUUCUUGUCCUUUGCUGGUGGACAGAUUGCAGGCAUGUGUCAGUGUUUUCUCUUUGCCAUCACAAGUCUUCAGUCAUUCAGACAUGUUGUUUAGCUGCAUGCUGUAUUUUAUCUGACCUACUUUUCUUUUCUUGGAUAUAUUUAAAUGCACAUUACAUGACAUAAACUUGAGGACAAAAAUAGUAGUCUAGAUCUUCUUGUUUUCUUAUUUUUGGACAUUUUCACCAUCUUGUAUUUGAUGCAUGUUCAUGUUUAAAAAGUUAUAAUGCCAUAUUUCAGGAUUAAAAAAAGGGAUAAAAAGGGACCAUCUAUACAUUAUUUAAAAUCCUGUUUAGCUUUUAUAAGCACUUAAAUAAGCGUUAAAACCAAAUCAUGACAGGCUGUAAUGUUUGCAGAGAAAAGAGCAGCUUCAGGUGUUUUCUCCUGUAUAUUUUCUGUCAUUUAAGGUCCUCUGAGGAGUUAAAUUGCUUUUAGAGUAGUGUCACUCUUAUAUUAAUGCCUACCUCUCUAAAUCAAAUGAGAUUAUCGGUUCUUUCUUUACACUGCAUUUUAGUGUUAGUGUAAUUUAAGUAUCUGAUUUUUCCUUUUAAAAGCCAAGCCGAUCUUUAGCUGAGCGGUGUGACAUGAAUUGGGAAGUAAGAGGAUAUUUUUUCUUCACACAGUGUUUUGUACUUGAUAGUGGAGCAGAAUUGGCAAAAGAAACACAUUUCCUGCAGAAACAAGAGAUAAGAGAUAAACCAAACGCAUGUUUGUGUUAUUCAGAUAUUCACCGGGCUGCAGGGCACACAACACAACAUGACACCAGGGUAACUUUACACCAGUAUGUCUGGUUGCCUUUUGUGUAAGAGUUACAAAGUUUUGUCAUUAUAUAUUAAAGUACAAAUACAUGCAGUCCCUUAUUCCCUCUUUUGUGUGUGUAUGCUACAGUCAGUAUCAGUAAAUGGUUACUAUUAUAUUAAACCAGAAGAUGAUGCUGAUUUUCACAACGCACAUCUAUUAAAAAAUACAAACAAAGAGCACAUCUGCAACCUCAUGCUCCUGUUAAAUUCAUCAUUUUGUUAAAUAAACUUCACUAACUUAUUCUGAUUUGAUGUAACGCCCGCAGAAGAACGUGAGAAUCACACUGUGUUAUGAGUAAUGUAGUUCCAGUCAUGUUAUGUAUCCAAGAGGGGCUGUAAUCUGGAGAGGAUAGGAAAGAGUCUUGUUUAGCUGGUAAGAAGUCCUGCAGUAAACUUAAAAAAGCGUACCAGCCAACUUAAGUACCUUUUUGCAUAGCGACACAUUUUAUCCUCACUCUGCAUCCUGUGAUAAGUUCUCUUAAAGAAAAUUAGCACUGAAAAAGGAGAUCUGUAUUCAAUUUAUCAAUGUACAAUUUAGCUAAAGCUACACCUAUAUAACAGUGAGUGACAGAGGUGCUCAUGGGAAAUGCAGUCCUCUUCCUUCAAAACAAACAAACACAAGUUUAUUCACCAGAUUGAAUGCAACAACAACACUCUUCUCACACAAGGUCUUUCAGUGAGAGGGUUUUUCACCGUAUUGUCUGCUGACAAAUAGAUAAAUGAGCAUAAGCACCUGCUACAAAACAUAUUUAAAUCAUUUAUUACUGCUUUUCAACGCUAAAUGAAGGGUAAUGUGUCAGAGUAAAAAAGUCAAAGCUCAAAUACAACCUUUCUGAUGCAUAUUUAUCUUGUUUUUGUUGAAUGGAAAUGAGAUUUUCUUUUAGUUUUUAUACAUUGAUGCCCUCAGGCAGCAGUAAAGCACCAGUGAUCAGAUUUAUGAUUGACUCUUUAUUGGUUCUGACAGUUCCUCUGAUGAUUUAAUACCAAAUUAAUGCUAUUAAUGGAAAAAUCAGCUGCACAAAUAAGAAACUCAGUGAAGUUGGUUUUUCUGGGUUAAUCUGAUGAAAUCUUUCAGCCUCGCUCUCUUUCCAACACGUUUGACUGGCGGUUUUUCACAAACCAAAGAAUCUCUCCAUCAUCUGACUUCGGUUCCAGCUCAUGCGCUGCUUGUUUCUCUUGGAGGGCAAAAGAUUUCCUUUGGCCACGGGUGAGGGGGGGUAGAGCGGUGGGGGCUUUUCUCUCCGGGAGCCGUCACAGUGGCCUCGUACACCGGGCUGAAUUUAAAGAGGCAGGUAAACUGCUGCUCGCUCCAGAUUAACAGAGCCAUAUAUUCAGCCUGUCUUUGGCUUUUCUACCCUCCUCCCUUUCCUCCUUUUCUCUGUUUCUCCAUCUCUCGCUCUUUUUUCCUCUCUGCUCGCAGUUUUUUCUCGGCCUGUAGAAAACGUCUGGGGGAUCGAUAGGGCUCUCCCGCUGUAGUGACUCGCAGCUCUAAUGAAUCAGGCCUAUGUGUUUGUUAAGUAGACAAGGUGGUGAAGCAGCGCUGGAGGGAGUUUGUCUUUGUGUUUUAUCUGGUCACAGCGCUACCUUCACUGUUGAAUCAAGAUCCUCACAUUCACCUUUGACCUUUUCUCCUUUUACGUUGAAAUGUAUUUGUCUAAACUAGAAGACAUUAUUAAAAUGUGAGCAUGUUUGUUCCUCGUUGCUAUCUGAACUGACUCUGUUUCUGUCAUUUUCACCAGUCAAGAAAAUCUGAAAAUAACCACUCCACAUAACUAUUUAUUAUCCCUGCCAACAUUUGCCUCUGUGCUGGAGUCCAUCCUGAAAUCCUCUUGUGCACUGUGCACUGAAAUCAAACGCCUGAAAAACCUCCCAAAUUCACCCGAGACCCGCUUCAACAUGAAGCCUCUUUCUAAAAAAGAAAAAGGGAGAGGGAGGAAAAAAAAAAUCUGAAUUCUUGUGUUUUUCUCGCAGCUUAAACCGUAUCUCUCCAAGGUCGGACAGUGAGACUGUGGGAGGCUGUUUGUGUUAAAAGCAGGAUGGCUUGUAUUUCCUCUUCUCCUUCCUCCUUCUUUUUUUUUCCUUUUUUUUUUUCUUUCACCACAAGGAAAGCUGUCCAAAAAAAAAGAGGCUUUUUAUCGCUGAUGGCUAAUAGUCAUAAAUUUGUAUUAAAUAUGUCCUUUAUCGAUUGGCCUUGUUGGAUGAAUACAAUUAAAGAGACGGCGCUGAGUGCUUCCCACCUGGGAGCAGAGGGAUGGAGGGAUUCAAAGAGGAGGGGAGGAAAACAAGUGAAAGAAUAGACGAGCAAAAAGGUUUUUGGCAGCAGCUCGGCUCCUCGCUCGAGUCACAGCUUGUCCACAUGUUGCCGCAAAUGUGUGUGUGUGUGUGUGUGUGUGUGUGUGUGUGUGUGUGGGCAGUCAGGGUGUGUGUGGCUGUUUGUAGUGAUUCAUCGUGCUCCUCUUCUUUUUCCCUUAUCCCCCUCUAUGAUUCCCCCUCUCCUCCUCUUUUUCUCUGCUGUUUUUUUAUUCCCAAAUCAAGAGAGGGAGUCAGAGGAAGGAAUGUGGAAAAAAAAAAAGAAAGAGGGAUUGAGGGUGGAAAGAGAGAGGACGGAAACAAACAGGACAGGACAGCCACCUGUAUGCAAUGUUGAUGGACAGAUGGAGGGAUGAAACCGACUGGGCGGAGGAGGGAUUAAACGAAGAGAGGAAGCAAAGAACGGUCUCUGUGUGUGUGUGUGUGUGUGUGUGUGUGUGUGUGUGUGUGUGUGUGUGUGUGUGUGUGUGUGUGUGUGUGUGUGUGUGUGGGCCUCAGGCCAGCUGAGGUGUUUGCUCAGCUCAGAGUGAUCUCCCACUGUGGUCACUGCAAGACACACACAUAUACACACACGCACGCACACACACACAUACACUUAAACACACACACACACACUGAUGACUGAAUUGUCCUGCUUGGCAGCUGUUGCAGGUCCCUGUAGAUCACUCAAUACCAGACUGGCUUUGUGUAUGAAUGUGUGUGUGAGUGUGAGUGUGUGUGAGUGUGAGUCUUUAGUGACCACCAGCCUCUUGCUUGUGGCACUAAAGAAAAUCUGCUUCCUCUCAGCGUGUGCUCUUGUCCCAUCAGGGAUUUGUGUGUGUGUGUGUGUGUGUGUGCGCGCGUGUGUGAACUUUCAGGAAAAUCAAAAGUUGCUGUUUUAGUUAAAAUGGCGCUCUCCUUUUCGUCACUUUUUGUAACUCGGGCUUUAGACCUCUGAUUUUAUCCAUGCUGUUGGACUGAAACUGAAAACUGAGGUCUUUUUAACAAUUUAAAAUUUGUUUCUAAAUGUUUUAUAAAUUUUCUAAAUAUAUCUUUUCAUCAAACAUAGUUUUGAAUUAUUCUCUGUAAUUUAAUUGUGGGAGACAGUCCUCUGAAGAGCUCUCAGGCCAGGGGACACUGAUGCUCUCCACUUCUGAAACUUGUUAUUUUAUGAAACCAUUUGAAGUUUUUCAGUGAUUUUGUCGUUUCUGAAAAAUUUAACUAGUGGCGUCACUUUCACAACAUUACUUGGAGACAGUCCUGACCUUUUUUGUUUUCCAUGAAGACUGCCACACAAUCAAUUAUCUUUUACUUUAUAAUCAAAUCUACAUUAUUAUCCUCUUUUUUCCUCAGACAGAUUUAAGCAGCAGCUUUAUUAUUUUCAGAACUUUUAUUGUUUAGUUGUAAAUGCGGUGUCCAUUAUUCUUGAUCGGUCAAGAGGCAGAAAAACCAUGAAAAAAAAUUAACUGUCAAAUCAAUUUUUAAAUCAAAUCCUCCUGAAGAUUAGAUUGUGUCUCUAAAUAUUCCUUAUAAACACAUUUAAGUGGCGUAGAAGUCAUUCAUAAUUACAGAAAGUGAUGUGUAAUCAGGAGAUGAAAUGUAAACUUCCUAAUUUUCACAACACUACUGAUGCUAGAGGUAAAGAUGCUUAAAAGUACACCAUGUGCGGUCAUGUUAGGGGUCUGUAUGUUUGCCAAGAGCAAGAGGUCAAGCAGGAAAACACUUUGAAACAGCUCAAUGUGUAUCAAAACACGAACAGGUUCUCUGUUUCCAUCCUGCCCAACCUUUUUUUCCUAACUGACAGAUAAUUUGUCUCACCAAGAGUUUUAAGUUUGUCUUCAGAGAACAUGUUAUUUAAAACUGAUCAUGUUUGUUCCUCGUUGCUGUCUUAACUGCCUUUAUUUCUGUAGUUUUCACCAGUUAAGAUAAUCUGAAAACAACCAGUCUACAUAACUGUUUAUCAUCUCUUGAUCACUUGAGGUUGUGCAGCAGCGUUGCGUGCAUGUUUACAUUUUACAGUCAUGUGACACACACAUGUAAAGUCAUCAUUUUUUUGUCCUUAAGUGAUUGGCUGCAUUGAAUUGAAAGCAUAUAUAUUUUGUGCUUCAGGCACAUUUCAGCUGCAGUUGUCAAAUGAAAUAUAUAUCAUUCAGCUAGAGUAACAAAUGACUGACAUGCUCAUUUAAGCAGACACUUGUAUUCAACAUAAAAAGAAGCUCCUGAGGUGGAAGAACAUUUUAUGCACAGAAAACCAUGCAGCAGAGUUUGAUGAAAAAUGUCAUAAAUGAGAUUCCUGUAUGACUCUCAUUGAGAUAGAUAUAAAAAAACAACCUGAAGUGACCAUCAAAAUCUGAUGACAAUCUGCAACAGAUAAAGAGAUGAAAGCUCCUUUAUCCCGGGCUUUACGUUUGCUGACUCAUUCAGCACUCUGUGUGUCUGUGUGCGUAUUUUUGUGCGAGUGUGUGUGUGUGUGUCUGUGUGCGCACAGGACCAAGUUUCCUCUUUCAAACCCCGCUCUUUCUCUCUCUGGCUCUCUCUUUGCUCACAUAAGUGUUGUAAUUUGGAUGCUCUGUAAUUUCACCAUGGUGGUUUGGGGUUAAGUGGAGGCUGUCCCUGCCAUUGUGAGUACCGGCCUUCCAAAUGGACACACACAUUCACUCGUGCGCACGUGCACACACACACGAUCAUUGCUGCAUUGCGCUUGGAUGCUUCUACAAAGGCCGGUCCAUUUAAUUACAUUUAUAAACACAGUUUAAGGGCCCUGGCUGUGUCAUUAGAACAGACUUUACGAGAUACAUUACUCUGUGUGUGUGUGUGUGUGUGUGUGUGUGUGUGUGAGAGAGAGAGAGAACGACAGAGAGAGAGAGAGUGUGUGUGUGUGUGUGUGUGUGAGCGUGUGUGCGACAAAGAAAAGGAAAGGAAACUUUGUCACAUGGCAGCUAUAAUGGGUGAUUGGAUGGACACUAAAACACACCAACACACUUACACACACUCAUACACACACACACACACAAGUAAAUUACUGGUGAGAGAGUUGCAGAUAGCACAGUCUGUAGCCCAGCAGGGGUUCCAAACACAGAGACAGAAGGUAUUGAUAUAUCCCACACACACACACACACACACACACACACACACAGAGACACACACACACACAGGGACAGACGGUAUUGAUAUUUUGCCCAUCAGCCUAGGGUGUGUAUCUGUAUUCAGCGGGCUCACACAGAUACACACACACUGUCGCACACACACACACUCACGCACUCAGCAUGAAAUCAGACAGGCUCAAUAAUCCAUUGUUGUUUUUGAUAAUUCAAAUACGUUCAUAGUCCUUUUUCUUCCUCCAUAAAAAUACCAGAUCAUUAUUGUCAGGCUUUCGGGAGUCUUUUUUUUUUUGUUGGUAAAAACUGUUUGUAUUUGAUGAAGUAUUAAGGCUGUUUUUUAACCAGUUGUAGUUUUUCUUUUCACCUUGAAUUUCAAUACCUGCACUCCUAACAACUUUUAGUCGAUAAAACUGCUUCCUUUUAAAGACAAAGAGAGGAGUUUUUUCAAGUGCCUUUCCUACACAAAGCUUCGUUUUGUACAAAAGCUCAUCCUCCGCUGGUUGUAUUGAUCCCAUCAGGACUCUCAAGUCUUUGGAAGCUGUUCAGUACUUUUCAGUCCGCAUACCUGUUUUCAGCUCAACUUUUUUAAUAUCUUGUUUAUUUGUCAGAGCAUUACCGCCUGUCCAAACACUCCACGAGAUUUAGUUUUGUAGAAACACACCAUCCCCUCAUUUUGUGUAGAAACUACUUCAGUUUUAAGAGUUGUUUUUUUGGCUAAAGUUAUCAGACAUUAAGAACAGCAAUUUGUGCUGAUAAGUGGCAAAAGUAAACCCUUUUGUGGUCUGGAAAUGCUCAGUUUGCCAAAUUAUUCUUGGGGGUGUCAGCAAUGGUUGGAUCCAAAAGAGCCCAUUGAAAGCAACUGCACAAACAAACAACCAAUUGGCAUGAAAUGGAGCGGAUACCAACGGAAAUGUAAAUGAACACCAGGAUGCAGAAGAAAGAAACGCACCUUUCUCACCAAUGAACACCGCAUUUGCAGUCGUUUAGGUCUUGUUUUAAUACAAAUACAUAAUCUGACAUGUUUGAAACGGCCAUCAUUAACACACCAUCCAGUGUUGGGAGCUACCAUCUGUGUUUUUAGGAACAAGCUGAAGUGGUUCUCUUACGUUGUCAUCUUAAAUGAAGGAUUGUGAUUGGGUUGGUACAUCUGCUGUCAACGAAAGCUGUUGCAGAUGUUCAUUGGGGCAAUGCCAGACCAAUGAAAGGGUAGAUUAACUCUAAAAAGGAUUACAAUGCAACCAUUUCAACUAUUAUCCUGGCUGCAGAAUUAGGCCCAAUCUGAUGGCAGUGGACCUCAUUCUUCUGGUGGUCAUUUUCUUGAGACGUCAUGCUCAGGGUUAGGAGCUCAGCAAACCUCCAUAAUCUGGCAUACUGUGGUCAUGUCACAGUUCCCAGCCCCAAAGACCAUAAAUGGUUAAAAUAAAGUGAGAGAUUGAGCCAUAGUUAAUGUUAAAGGCAUAUUUGACAGCCUAUUGGCUAAAUCAGAACACAGCUGACUUUAUCAGUUAGCUUCUAAAUAGUAAGCAGUUGUUUGAGCACUCACUUACCAAUCAGGCAGUGCAGUGUAAACAUUUAUCUCUUAAGCGUUGCAUAAAAUUUUACCCGUAAAGGAUACAUCAACUCUCCAAAGCAACGAUUCUACGUUUUGUGUUUUCUUGGAAAGCUGACAGAUGUCGGUGCUUCGCCUUUGCUCAAAGAAGUCGUGUCAUUCUUAAAUAAAUGAGGGUGGACAAAUAAUAGAGCAUCCCAAAAAAAUCUGGGAACAAAACUAUCUGUAUUUGCACAUUGUAGGGUGGUUUCUGUGGUGUGUCCAUCUUCUUUUAUGAUUGCCCUUGUAUCAAGAGUGGCACACUCUGCUUGUACCUGCAGCAUUUGAGGAAGUCGCUUUGAUCUAGCCUGCGACCUAUCAGAAGUAAUAGAGGCUGAUUUUCCUCCGAGCAGAACCCUGUCUUUAUUCAUGUUGUUGUGUGACUGCAUGGCUCCUUUCACUGAAGGGACAGGACCCCUGUUUGCUGUCCAGUUAGCAAAGAAGCUGUAGAGGUGGAGGUCAAUUCAGAUACAAUCUCUCUGCACCUUACUUACCAUGUUGGUUGAAUUUUGUGCAAAAUGUGGAUUUUCCAGUAAUAAUUUUAGGGGCUUCUGACCAAGUGAACAAUAUUUUUGUCCUAUUUUAAGGCAGAUGUCAAAACAGAUUUGCCUUGAAAUUGACCUCCAUGCAUUUCCUUUUAAUUUGGCCAACACAGUUUUUUCCCACAUACAAUAUAAGCCUAAGGGUUACUGAAUUUCCCUAACUCCAACAAGAACAUGCAGUUCUGAAUUUAAAACAUUAAAAAAAAAAGAUGUAAUCAGUGUAACAAGCUUUUCACAUGACAACAAUGAUAUGGAUAAGUGCUUUUGGGAAGUAUAACUGAAUGUUGGGAUGGAAGCAGAAAGCCACAACUGUUGCACUUAAGUGGGUGAUGAUGGAGGAAGGCAGGGAGGAGGGCUGGAGUAUGGCAGAGGGGUCGAUAAUGUUUGUGUCCUGGAGAAACCAUUUCAAUUUUUUUUUUUUUACUGGAACAGAUGGCUUAUGAAAGAGUUUUUAUUGGAGUUUUAGUAUCAGUUACAAUAUGAAUGUAUAGAAGCAGCCAUGGGACCUUUUAGUGGAGUAUGUCACUGAAGACACACAUGGACUUGAACGAGGAGAGGACAGAUUGAUGACUUUAUUUACCCAUUUUCACAUCAUUAAUACUGUAAAAUGAGACAACACAUGACGAUCUGUGAAGGCUUUCGAACUUGCAAUAUUGUAAAAUGAGAUUGGAAACAGUUCAGAUGGACAUGUGAGGCGCAGAACAUUACUUUUACUUUUUAUCAGUCAAUAGUCAGCUUCACUUUCUGCUGUGAUAAUGUUGUAAAUGUUUUUUCCUUUCUACAUAAGGUCAGAGGUCAGGCUAAUACCAAAGUUGGCUGAUUAUCAGUUAGCUCCUUCGUAAUAUUUUCUUAUGUGUGAUGUACUGUUACCAGAGGAGGGUUGAAUGAUCUUAUUUACCGAGAAGUUCCUUUUCAGAGGAAGGGUAAAACUGAUUUCAGUCGGCACCACUUUUGUCACAGAGAGUGAAUUGGUUUUAAGCAAUAGUUUAUACUCUGUGGUUUAGUGGUGUGGUUCGCCAAAGCCUAAAGCAGGAUACAGCAAAGAGUGGCUAUUAGUGACACUGGUGAAAUCACAUGGUGACAUUUGCUGGUUGAGUGCAGAGAGGGAGAUUGGCUGAACUGUCAGCUGAUGUCCUGUGGGCUGAGCUUGACUUCUUGGCCUGCCUGGACUAACACCGAACCAUCUUGUCAAAUUACAGGAUUAAACUCAUGGUUUAUUCCCCCGCUAUGACAGCUCGGCAAGUUUUUUUUCUUCUUUUUUUCCUACAUAAAGGUCAAAGGUCGAAUUGAUACAAAAGCAGGGAACACCAGAAUUAGCCUUUUUUGUGGUUAAACAUAAUUUCCUAUCUCUUAAAUGUUGUUCUAAUCUGUCCUUCUUUAAUUUAAUGACUGUGACAAAUUAAGAUUAUGCUUUUAGACAUUUUUACACAUGCAGUUUGAGUGAAGACUAAGAAUUCUCCUUUCAGGUAAAUCAGGAGGUGAUCAGGGGCGAGCGACUAUGCCCAGAUGUAAAUAUAAGCGGCAGAUUCUGAAAGCCUGAAGCUCAGAGAGAAAUCCCAAAUUGUAUUAAGGGACAUUGUCCCUCACUCCCAGUAUGCGUACCUAAUCCUGUUUCAGCAAUGUUCCAUUACCUCAAUUACUAUCAUCUCACCCAGAGGUGGACCCGGCCAAGGACACCACCGGAGAGCCAGCGAUGGGUGGAGAGGAUAGAGGGGGGAGGGAGGGAGGGAGGGAGGGCAGUGAAGGAGUGAGUUCUUCCAACAAAGAAAGUAGGAUGGAAGAGGAGAGACUGGAAAUAACUGAACAGAGGACAGAAGGGUAAAGGGAGAAAAGUUAGGAAAGAGAAAUUAUCACAAUGUCAGUGCAGGGGAACAAAUUAAGGUUAUUGAAAUUAUAAUAUAAAUAAUUUAGAGCCAGUGAGAUAAUAAGAUACCUGUCUGAGCCGAGAGCAAAGUCCUGGCAUCUGUUUUUAUUGUUACAAUGAGUAGAAGAGGGGUGCAAUGGUGACUUCAUAUAUAUGUGAAUAUGAAGGUUUAAAGACACAAGAAUGUGUUUUAUUAAAAAGGUGUUAAAACAACAACCUAUCCCAAUUGAAAUUAAGAGCUAGUUUUAUCAUUACCGUAAACUCAAACUGAUUCAUAUGACACUUUUGAAAUGAACAUGAGCAGCUAAGGACAUCUAUGGUAUAGAAAAGAUGGUGCAGCAGCUGGGACACAGCAAACACAUUUUUGUCUCCAUUUCACUUAUAGAUAACGCAAAAGGCAGCUAUCGCACUGACCCAAAAAAAAAAAGAUCAAAAUCCACAAGUUUAAGGUGAAAAUAAACCUCUAUUCGUAUUCUCAUUAGUUUUGCACUCUGCCUACAAAGCAAUGAAAGAAAACCAGAGUUUAAAGUGAUUAGUUAAUGCACCGUGACCCAAAUCUAAGCCUGCAUUUGUUCAUUAAUGUAGUUUAAAUGGCGUCUUCUGUGUCAGUGCAUUUUCUCUGUCCUGAAUGUACAGUGUGUCUCCUCAGUUUGGUACCUUGGCUUUAUUUCAGCUCCUUUGACAGCCAUUGGAUCAGAGUGCUACUUCCUUUGGAGAGGGAUGGAUUGAGCCAGGGGAAGCUGAUGCACGCACGCUCACACACACACACACACACACACACACACACACACACACACACACACACACACACACACACACACACACACACUGUUCUAAGGCCUGCGUGCACACACACACACACACCUGCAGGGACACACACAAAGGAGUCGUGAAACAUGAGCCAAGCUGCCUCACUGACUCGCUCUCCCAUCUAGCGCCACAUAAGUGUCCAGGCAAUGCCCUUGGCUUAAUAGGGCUUAAUGCCUGUGCUUGUCACUGUAGCAUGGCUGGUAUUGAGUGUUAGGACAUUUCUGAAACUCUGUGUGUGUGUGUGUGUGUGUGUGUGUGUGUGUGUGUGUGUGUGUGUGUGUGUGUGUGUGUGUGUGUGUGUGUGUGUGUGUGUGUGUGUGUGUGUGUGUGUGUUCUUAGGAGUCUCACUAGAAGCUGUAUGGCUUUGACAUUUACCCCAGGUAAAAGAACCGGAUGCUAUUAUUUACCCCAAUCCCUCCUUCCUCUUCCUCCUUUAACAGUCCUGUUGAAUCCCUGAUUUCAAAGCUGCAGCCUGUAUUUGUCACCACCAUCUAACUUAAAAAAGAGGGAUUACCUCUCACAUCUCAUCGCUCUCUUUCCUCUCCUCUGACUCUAUCUAUCUUCAUCUCUCCUGGUCUCCAUUCUGCUUUCUCACUUCAUUUUUCUACCUCCCAGUGGUGGAGAGUUUGCCUAAUGAAGUGGCUGAUGGGAGUAUAUUACAGAGAGACAGAGUGGAGCGGUCGCCUACUCUAAAAUCCAUUAACCUUACAGUUUCAAUCAGCAUGCAGACAAGUCUGAGCUACGAGUCAAAGAGGAGCGUAUUAGCUUAGGAGUUACACUAGGGUGGCUUCUACUUGUUUUGUUCAAUAUUUUGCCCAGAGUUUAGUCUGAAAUCAUAGAUCUGUUUUUUUCCUCAACAUUUUGCAAUGCCACACUAGAUAAUAAGUGCUAUUUCAUCAUUUAUUUUCCUUGUUAGUCCGAUCAGAGCUUUUGAAGUAAAAAUUGAAGCUCAAUUCAGUUCAGCACCAAGCUUUCACUCUCCUGUGAACUUUUUCAAAGAGAGCACAGUUCACUGAAGAACCUUAAGCACAUCAUUAUUACUAUUAUUGGUACUAUUAAUGCUCCGUCUUGUGGCACACUGGAACCUUUGUGCAGAUUGCAUUACAUUUGGACAAUUACAACAGUUAUUCUCAUCUGUCUGCCACAAAAAUGACAUAUUUUUGAAAAAUUAAUGUUGCAUUUAGGAUAUGAAACUCUAUUUUGUUAUAGCUGGUGGUUGUUGUUAUUUAUUUUCAUUUAUGCAGACAGUUGUUGAUCACAUUAGCCAAGAAAACAACUGCUGCGAACUGCUAAAUGUUACCUGAUGGAAUAGGAUUUUUGGCCUAUUGUAUCUGACCAGAAAUGCAAACUAUGAAGUUGUCUCAGCUGAUAAUAACAACCAUUUCUAACAAAUUGCAAUGUUCUGUUUGUGCAAACCUUUGAGUGAGAAAGGCAACAACUCAGUGAAUAAAGAUGAAUACAUUUGGAUAUUCAUUACUAAGGCAAUUCCCCUCAUUACUGUUAUUUUUUAUAUUUCUUCACUGCAAACUGGAGCACUCCUGCGCAUGCAAUGAUGUAUUUUUUAUAUUUAGGUCUUCAUUCAGCCUCUUGACCAUCAAACUGAGCAAACUCAGUGGAUUUAUCUCAGAAAUCCAUAAUUCUAUGGUCAAACCUCUGUCACUGACAUUGUGGAUCAGACUGUGAAUGUAUGUAGUGAUCACAUCAGACAAGGCAGUUCAGGAUACGUCUGUAAAUGAUGUCUGAAAACUCAUCCAGUGUUAUAAAUUUACAGAUUUUAAAGCUUUAAUAAACUUUCUGCAGGCCUAAAUCUAAACUACGACAUUUAGCGCUAAUGAUAGCUGCAGCUCUUUCUGCUUCAUGUUGCUUCAAUACACCUUAAUUGUAAUGGUAACUUUUCAGGUGACUUCAUAGAGUUGUUGUUUUAAACCCUGACCAAAAUAUUUGCUUUAAUAGGCUGAUCACUUCAUGGACAAUAUAAAUCUUGCAUUCCUAUAUUUUACAUUCAUAAACAAUGACAUAAACUGUUUUUCUUAGUGUCUUUUCUGUAUAAAGGUGUGGAUGAUAUUAAAAAUGGUUCCGUCUGAAUGACCAAGAAAACAGCAAUCACACUGCCUCUUUCCAAAGCUAAAGACAGACUUCACACAAUGUAUCUAGUAAAAGAGGAGUAAGACUGCCCCAGUGCUGGAUAAACAACAAUUUCCACUGUACUUGUAGUGGAAAAACAACCCAUCACCUCACCAAAGCAAAGGGGAGAAGUGCAGAGCUUUCUACCAUCAGUGUUGUCAGUGUCCAGGAAAAGAGAGGAAAAAACUGAUGAAUAAAUAAAUAAAGCCUCUCUGGUCCUGAUAAUGCAAAUGAUAUUCACAGGUUAGAUCCUGUGCAGGUGGCCACAAUUAGUGGUAAUUUGUGCCGAUUUUAAUGAUCCAUAAUUUAGCUGCCUCUCCAAACUGUUGGUCAUGUGGGAUAAGUGUGUGUGUGCAGAAAGAGAGACGGGAGAUGGGAGGGACAGUCAAACAGAAGGAGGAGGAAGGAGUGCUUGGUUUCAGCUGUAAUGUGAACCCUACAGUGAGGGCAGAACUACAUUUCUUUUAAAAUACACACACAAACAGAAGCACAUUCACAAAUGUUCUGACAGCAGAUACUGUUUGUACUGAAUCUGUUUUUUUCCUCAUUUAACCUCUUUGACUCUCUCUUACUGGCCAUUAAGGGUAAAUUGCAGUACGCAGAUGUAUAAAAGCUUUCGUGUAAACCAUGACAUCCUUUUAGUAUCACUUUUAAUUUGUCAUAUUUGUUCUGCCGGUAAUUAGCAGGCGGUAUUUUCAGAUUUUUGUGUAUUUUUGCAGCCCACUUUACCUGUUUACAUGUUAAUGGAAGGUUUUGCAAUUUAUUGUUCACGACACGUUACAACAAAAUAGCUUGGCAUAAAAAAUCAUCUCAUAGAGAUAAUUAGCAGCAAUAUUUUGAUCUCCAGAAUGACACCUGUUUAUUUAUUUUGACUUUAAUAAUAUUGCACACAUUUUAGUUUAUUCUACAAGACGACCUUUAACAUUUUUGCAUGUUUUAUCUCUUAAAUGUUAACAAAAAAAAUAUGUUUUGAAUUCAGAUAGUUCUAUUUUGCUGAAUUUAGCCUGAUUCACUGACAUAGACUUGAGGAAAAUUUUAAGGAUUUGUUUAUGGAUGGAAGAAUCAGCAGGACAAUAUCCAGAGUCAUUGUCAAGGGUGGCAUGGCCCGUCCUUUUAGGCCACCCCAGGGGCUUGUGAGAAGUUUAAAAUAGUCUGAUUGGCUUUUUUUUCUUUCUUUUUGAGUUGGACUCUUGUGACAAUUAGUUAAUUAGGAGUAUGUUUCAACAGAAUGCUUGUAGCUGUAUUCAUUUCUAAAAUAUAAUUUUUUUGUACGAUUGUGCUUUUAUAAAGUUGAAAAAUACUUUUUACAUAAGUUCUAUUUCACAUCUGAAAUAGAACAAAAUUCACAUGAAAGCCUUUCUUUGUUAUACAAAAUGAACAAGACCAUCAGUAAGAGGAUUGAUAAUUCUUAUUUUGUCACCUUUAAUGCCUGAAAUUGUUGCAAGGGGCGAAGUGUCAGUGAAACAGCUGAAGGAAAAAGCCCUGUUUUUACAUUUUCUUAAGACACAUAAGAUACCCACAAUAACUGAGUUAUUUGACUGUCAAGGUAUGAUGAUAAGCAGAUAAGCAAAGACUGCUCCAUCCACAGGUGACACAGGAGUGGACACAAACCAAAAGUUCCUCACAGGAGCUUUAAUAUGAAUAAAUAAUUUAUUGACAAAACUUUAACAUCUGUACAAUACUUGAAUGUAACAUGAGUUGUGAUUAGUUGGGACAGAAAGGGUAAAAAUACACACAUUUCUUGCUACUCCUGUGAACUUGUGCUCUAUGGCUCCAGCCACCCCAACCCUAAAUGUCAAUAACAUUUACAAAAAUGUUUGUUUCUCAUUAAUAAGAUUUGGAUAAAAAAAGAAUAACAGUGACAAUACUGUUUCCGAUAUCAAAACAAGGCAACAAAAAUGUGAAUUUCGAUGAUUGUUGGUUAAAUUUAACAACACAACUCUCAGUCCUUUAAGAAAGAUAGGACAAAAACAAAGAGAAUAAAGUCCUCUGGGUUCGACCACUUCAUCUUCAUCUAGAGAAAGAACUAUCUAAAUUUAGGACAGAAUAGAGUUGUGUUUAUUUGAACAACAAUCAAAAAAGUCUCUCUUGAAAAUAAGCAUUACUUACACUAUUUAUACUGUACCACAUGAACAAAUACAGUCGCCACCAGUCAGCAAGUCAGUUAACCAAUAACUCUCACAGCUUACUAACCCUGCAGAGGCAGAUGUGUGCUUUUAGUCAUAUGUAGUGUUGAUUUUUUGUAAAAUUACUAAGACAAAAACUGAAGACUAAAAUCUGGGACUGCUCUCUGUAGCAAUUCUUCCUGUAAUAUUUCUUUUCCCAGAACAUAUUUCAGCCCUCUUUGUAGCUUCAAGCAUAUGUUUUGUGAAAAGAUAGCUGUAAGGCCUUGAUGUUUGCAUGUAGAAGUUUUGGUUGUGAUGGUUUAAAGUGUCAGCUAAAUGCAGGAAAUGUGGCAUUGAUGUCUAAACUUCUUGUUCAGCUGCGUGUGUUUCCAUCUGUGCCAUGGUGCAUGAAGUGUAACUCUGCUUGUUCACUUUGUCUAACGCAUCCACAUCGCGCACUGUGCUUAACAGUGGAAGGCUCUGAAUGGCACUGAUGGGGGUUCGUGUGUCAUCUAAUCUUGUAAACGAGCUGAUGGCCGUCCGUUCGGUUCCCUAAUGAGAUUACACAUGCACUGCAGGUCCCACCACAGGUCAUCAUCGCUGAGGCCAUUCAAAGGCAAUUAUUGUUUUAAAUGUUCCUCUUGUUGCCAGCCCAAAGUGACUCUGCAUGCUUCAUUGAGGAAGGAAGAAGCUUUGAGGCAGAUACAAAACCCGUCGUUUUCCCUCUUCAGUCGGAGUCUAAAUGUUUUUUACCCUCCCACUGUUUUACUUUCCUCCUUAGGCGGCUGGAGUUUUCUGUUUUGUCUACAUGAAGAGGGAGUGGGUAUGAGUUUGUCUGUGUGGUGAUCAGUGUUGGAGAGCCACAUAAGGGACUUAAAAUGGUGCAUGACUACAGUUUGUAGGCAUGUGUUGCCAAAAUGCUUGCAUUUUCAGGAGAUACAGUGACUCACCAAUUUCCAACUCCAUGAUAAAAAAGUCAGAUAUUAUUUUUCAUGUUUUUAUGCAGUUGCUCCAGAAACAAUGAGGUUGUAAUUGUAUGAUCGUCUCCUCACCCACCUGUCUUUGAAUGUGUAUUUGUCAGCUGGCCUCUGCUUUGGUAGAUCAGUGGGAAGUGUCAGUCCGCUGGGAUAGCCCUGGUUCUUUGUUCUCCUGCUGACAAUGGAAGACUCACAGUCAGUCUAAGGGGAGAUAUUAUGUCCCAGAGCAGUCUGGAAGAAGAAAAAAAUACAUACACAUGCACUCACCCCUUCUCACAUGGUACUCAUGUGGGGCAUGACCUCAAUAAGGGUUUCUGUUGUAUUAACUGAGCUUCGACACCAUGUGCCGACCACUUUUAAAAACUGUAACAGUUAGGCCCGAGGUUCAAAUAAAAGAUUGGUUCAGCCAAGUUGAAAGAGUUGUCAUAAAUGGGUUUCAUUGAGCACAGAGUGGUGUUCAUGCUCAGCUGUGUGAAAGUUACCAAAUAACAUUUAACUGAUAUAAAAUUAGUGCCUUUGCAGCUACACAAACAAACUUUGAUCUUUGCUGAUGCACAAAGUGUUUUUAAAUGAACUUUCUCCUAACUGAAUUCUCUUUUCUGUCUACACAGGUAAGGAAGAGCCGACCACCUACACCUGCACUACAUGUAAGCAGUCAUACGGCAGCGCCUGGUUCUUGCUGCAGCAUGCCCAGAACACCCACGGCUUCCGUAUCUACUUGGAGAGUGAACAUGGCAGCCCUCUCACCCCACGCAUGGGUGGGCCGUCCUCCCUGGGCGGUGGAGCAGACUGCCCCUCUCAGCCUCCCCUUCAUGGCCUCCAUCUGCCUCCCGAUGCAAGCCCCUUCAACCUUCUUCGCAUCCCUGGCUCGGGCUCAGGUGGAAGAGACAGUGUUGGAGUAGGGGGUGGAAUUGGUGCCGGUGGCGCUGGCGGGGGCCAUCAUCAGCGUUUCCCUCCCACACCGCCCCUCUUCAGUCCCCCUCCAAGGAACCACCUGGAUCCCCACCACCUGAGCCCAGAGGAGCUGGCGCUUGCAGCCCACCACCCGAGUGCCUUCGACAGGGUGCUGCGCCUCAAUCCUCCUCUGCCCCUAGACCCCCCUCCGACAAUGGACUUCUCACGGCGGCUAAGGGAACUAGCGGGCAACACCUCAGGGUCCACUCCUCCACUCUCCCCCAGUCGGCCUAGCCCCAUGCAGCGCUUGCUCCAGCCAUUCCAAACAGGAGGAGGAAGUGGAAGUGCAGGUGGUGCAGGGGGAAGUAAACCUCCAUACCUUGCCACGCCACCUCCUCUUCCAGGCUCCAUGCAGUCACCUGUGGGUUCCCAGACUACUCCUACAACCCCUCUCCCUUCAGCAGGGGUGACACCCUCCUCCACCACUCCCUUGAAAUCAAAGUGUUGUGAGUUUUGUGGUAAGGCCUUCAAGUUCCAGAGUAAUCUAAUAGUGCACCGACGCAGCCACACAGGAGAGAAGCCGUACAAAUGUCACCUGUGUGACCAUGCUUGUACACAAGCGAGCAAACUGAAACGCCACAUGAAGACACACAUGCACAAGUCCACCUCACCAAACACAGGCAAGUCAGAAGACGGGCUCUCCACAGCCUCCUCCCCAGAGCCUGGAACCAGCGAGCACUUAGGCAGCGCGAGCAAUGCCCUGAAGUCUGUGGUUGCCAAGCUGAAGAGUGAGAAUAACCGCAUGCUACGUGAGAAUGGGGAAGAGGAGGAGGAGGAGGAAGAGGAAGAAGAGGAAGAGGAAGAAGAGGAGGAGGAGGAGGAGGAAGAAGAGGAGGGAGAGGAGGAGGAAGAGCAGAACGGAGAGAGGGCAGCACGAAGAAACAACAACAGCUAUCACUUUGGUUUGAACCUCGAAGCAGCACGGCAGCAUGAGAACAAUGGAGGUUUGGGAAGCCGGCUUGGAGGAGUAGCUGAUGAGGGGUCCAUCCCUCGCUCGCUGCCCGAGGUGAUGCAGGGGAUGGGCCUGGCAGCGAGCAUGCAGCACUUCAGCGAAGCCCUCAAUGCACACAAAAGGAACGCCAUGGCCCAGGAGAACCACUUACACCACCACCUCAAUCGAGAGCAUCAUCACAAUCGUGACAUGUGCGACGGGAAUUCCGUUUUGGAAAGUGAUCGCGGGGAAGAGGGCUCUGUCUCCACGGUGAAUGGACGGGGAGCAUCUCCUAAUGAAUCUGCCUCUGUUGGCCUCUCUAAGAAACUGCUAAUGGGUAGCCCCAGCCCACUCAGUCCCUUCUCCAAACGUAUAAAGCUGGAAAAGGAGUACGACCUGCCCACUCCCACAAUCCCUAACACAGAGAACGUCUACUCCCAAUGGCUGGCUGGCUACGCCGCCUCGCGACAACUCAAGGACCCUUUUCUGAACUUUGGGGAUUCCAGACAAUCGCCCUUUGCCUCAUCAUCUGAGCAUUCUUCAGAGAAUGGCAGUCUGCGUUUCUCAACCCCACCAGGGGAACUGGAUGGCGGGAUGUCAGGCCGCAGCGGAACAGGCAGUGGGGGCAGCACACCACACCUUGGGGGUCCUGGGCGGCCCAGCUCCAAGGACGGCCGCAGGAGUGAUACUUGUGAGUACUGCGGGAAGGUGUUCAAGAACUGCAGUAACCUGACAGUGCACCGGCGCAGCCACACAGGUGAAAGACCGUACAAGUGUGAGCUGUGCAACUAUGCUUGUGCCCAGAGCUCCAAACUUACUCGCCACAUGAAGACCCACGGUCAGGUGGGCAAAGACGUGUACAAGUGUGAAAUUUGUCAGAUGCCCUUCAGUGUCUACAGUACCUUGGAGAAACACAUGAAAAAAUGGCACAGUGACCGUCCUUUGAGUACCGAAAUAAAAUCAGAGUAGAAGGCCGAACAAUGGGACCUUUUUCCCCCACAGCUAUGUCCGCCAUUAGUCCCCUGUUUAUUCCCAGCCCCUUGUAGAUUUGCCCCAACCCCUGACACUCCACUUUCACCAGUCUGGUGGAAGCUUAAGACCAUGUGCUCUGCACCAGCACACCCCGUUUCCAUUACCCAUUGAAUGCAUGAUCUGUAUCGGGGCAAUACUCUUGCAUUGACGCAAAACUUCGAGCCUUUCUCUUGUGCAAUAAUUUACAUGUUGUGUACAAUUUUCUUUUAUGAGUUUUUCUUUUUCCAUUUUUAAGAAUUAGUCAGCAUGCAUAGUAUGUUUUUGCUAAUCAAAAAAAGAAAAGAACUUGUCCCUGGUUGGUUAGUUGUUGAGUAAAUGUGUUGCUGUUUUUCUCUUGUUCAGUUUUUUCUUUUUAUUCUUCAAAAAGAGAAAAGACAAGAAAGAUACAUCCAUGCUGCAUACAUUCUGUAACACAUAUCAUGUACAGCUUUGUUUUGUAACAUGGAAAGUGAACAGUCUUUGGUUUGACCCUCUUCUUACAACCCUGGAAAUGCACUUAUCUUGAUCUUUCUAAAAGAUGCCAUGUUCACACAGGGUUUUAAAAAAUCAUGCAUUGGCUUGAUAACAAAAGAAAAAAAAAAAAAGUAACGACAGCCUUCAAAUUUCUUUAAAAAAGACAAGGGUGUGCUUAGAUUUCAAUUUGUACUAUCAUUUGGUAGAAGAAAAAAAAAAGAGUGCCUUUGAUAUCUCCAGACUGCAUUGGCCACAGUCUUAUCUGGUAUAAGCUUGGGGUCACAUUAGAAAAAGCGAGAAGCCACCCAGGAAAGGUCCUUGCAUCAAGCACCUGACCGCUCAAACGAACUGUGACAACUCAUGAUGAAAGGUCAGAGAGUUCUUGUUAGUCAUCAUUUAGCUACCUAAUACAUGUUCAGUAGGCUAUCUUUAAUAUGUGGAUUUCAUGGCAAGCAUGGUACAAGCAGUAUUGUGUAUAUCUGAAUUAUUUGUAGUUUUGUUUCUGGUAAGGAGGUACUUUUGAGAUAAGGUAAUCUGUAAUGUACAAUCCUGAACUUGAGGGAUACGGCGCAUGGUGUAGAAGUGUCAUGUAUCUGCAUUAGCACAAACCUACAACGCUGCUUCAAUACGUCAGUGUGUGGAACAAUGCAUAAAGUAAUAUAUGAGCCUCAAGUGGGGCUGUCUUUAUUUGAGAGCAUUGAAAUAACUACAAGCUAGACAGACAGAAAGCUACACAGAACAUGAAGCUAAGUAUGUAUUAAGGGGAUCAGAGGCAAUCUCUUUCACUUGACAUUUCUACUAUCAAAACAGGGUCAUUAGCUGUGAAUUGCAGAAAAAAAGACAGAAAGAAAUUGCAAAAAUGAUCUGUAUUCCAGGGCUCUUAAAAAGAGUAAUGAUUUUAAUCAGUAUGCAUAGGCUAAUGCAGGGCACAUUUUUUUUCUUUGCUGUUGCUUUUCAACCCGAAAGUUUUUUUUUUUUUUUCCUCUCUCUUCUUGUGUUUCAUUCAAGCUGAUCAUAGUAAAGCACUUGCAACUCUGCCUGAGAGCGAGUACCGACAUCUAUCUUGCAUUUUCCCCACACUGAUGCAACGUUGGUACAUGUGUUAAGUUUCAAAGCUAUAUUGUCAUUUAUAGGACAUGAAGUGCACUGUUUCAAUUUUCCCAGUUUACAAGUUUACGCUGAAAGGGAAAACAUUGUUGAAAUGCUGUCAGAGGACGAGGUCCCAUUGUUAAAAAGCAGUAAAAGAUGAGACACAUAAUCUGUUGCCAGCUACUCCAGCCUCAUGAACCUUAACCUUUGUACCCCUGCUGUUUCACCUUUGACCAUUUGUCAAUUUGUUACCCCUAAAAAAAAAAGCCCCAGUGCUGAGCCUGGGCUGACAAUUCAUCCUGUCUGCAAGGGCUGUAAAUUAGAGGUUUAGUUACUUACAGUAAGUGAGUGCAGCUCCCAUUGGCCGCAGCCGCACCAAACAUCCACAUUUUCUGUCUUCAUCUCCACCUGAAUAAUCUAUAGACCUUGCAGGCGAGACAGCAGACCCUCUAUUGUUGCUUACACAAAAAUCUGUUUUUGUAUAAAUCUUCCUUUAAUUCAAGAUAUGAAAAUAAACGUUUUUGCAAAUAACACUCCACUAUCUUUAAGGGGAAACUGUACUUAAGUUUUGUUGUUGUUUCUCUUUUCCUCAGCGUCUUGGUGGUGUUCAAGACUCGAUCACAGUAUAUAUAAAAUGAUGAAAAAAAAAAAGAUGAAAAACAAACAAAAAAAAUCUGUGAUGGUUUUGUAUCUUAUUUUGCCUUGGCUCUUCACAACUCUUCAGGUUGAAAUACAAUUUGCAUUGGGGAAAGGAAUAAGAUUAUAUAUGAAUAUAUAAUAAAGAAGUUAAAAUAUAGGAAAAUGCACACUCAUGUCGAUUCCUAUGCUUAAACACAUUUAUGGUCUACUUUUUCUGUAUUUCUAGAAUUGUAUUUGAAUUCAAUGUUCACUUAGAGUAGGCACUAUAGUAUUUAUAUUGAGGCUCGUAUUUUUAACUGUUGCUUGUUCUCUCUAAAGGUAUUUACCAUACCUUUUUUUGGUAGUGGAAAAAAAAUCCCAAGCUGCCACGGUAUAUUUUUUUAAUUUGGCAGGAUAAUAUAGUGCGAAUUAUUUGUAUGUUUAAAGAAAUAAAAGGAAAAACCCCAUAAAAAAGCAGCUAAAGUAUGUGGCAUUGGGAGGUGUCGCGGGCCAUCAGAUGGCCGCCGCUCUGUUUCCAGUCCACAGAGGUGGUUGUACAUAUCUUCUUUGUUUUUUUUUGUUUUUUUUGUUUUUUUUUUUUUUGUUUGUUUGUUUUUAUGGUUCGGACCUCCUCCCCCCCCUCCCUCCCCUCUCCCCGUCCUCUCCCUCCUCCUGCUGCCAUUCUUGUAUGCAGUAAUGCAAGCUGACGUCGGCCUGUUCUGUUGUGUGCUUCUGUCUCUCUCACCCCUCCCACCUGACUACAUUCCAACAUCAAGACGAGAGGAAAGAAAAAAAUCUCCAUAUGCAGUACAUGGAUUACGGGAAAAGCGUCAAAAUAAAAACAUUUAAAAAGAAAUUUAAUGUUUUGCAGUUUUUUUUCAUUGCCAAAUACUAAAUGGUGCUUUAUAUUUAGAUUGGGUAAACUUUCAUAUGCAAAGCAUAUUCAAAAAUGACCCGGGGGACGUGGAGAAGCCUGCUUGAGUUGAGACUUUUUUGUAAAUGGCAAUGCGGAAUAUUUUGUUAUCAGCCUUUUCUAUUCCUAUUCUGAGAGCUGUUUGUUGUAACUUGAACUUGAAUUUUAUCUUUUACUAUGGGAGUCACUAUUUAUUAUUACCAAUAUGCUCUGUUCAAAACGGAGACAUGGAACGGAUUCUUUUUGGUUCUUUUGAUUUUUUAUUUUUGGUUAUAAUAUGAUUUAUUUUUUUCUUUUGUAAUGGUGGCCGAUGGUCAUUGGACAAACCUAGCUCUUUAAUUUCUGUUGUACUCGUUUGGGGUCUCUGUUCAGUUGUAUUGGGAAAACCACUGUCUGUGUUUUCUGGCAGAUGUCUGCAUAAUCCUGUUCACACACCCAUUUUGUCCCUUUAUCGAAAAACAAUUAAUAAAAAAAAUGAAAGUAUAACAGCA